AUGCCGGCUGUGUCGAAGGGAGAUGGGAUGCGGGGAUUAGCGGUGUUCAUUUCGGACAUACGUAAUUGUGAGUGUCUUUUUCCAUCAUUGAUUAGCUUUUCAACGUGCCAUGUUAUUAUAAACAUUUGCAUGGAGGACGACAUUUGAUCAACAUACAUUUGUUUGCAAGUGUGCCCUGAAAUGUAGUGGUGUAAAGUGAAACUGCUAGCUAGCUAGCUAGAUCUCAGAUGUUGAGGAGAGGGUUAUAGCUAUGGAGAGGUCAUCGCGGGCACAGUUACUGCUGCACCGCAUCCCUUUUCCAUUUGCGCUGCCUACUGUGUUUGUGAUGAUACACGGUCGACCGUGUUUGUGAUGAUACACGGUCGACCGUGAUUAUGUGUUGUGUGACAGACUCGUAGCGUACUACUAGGCCGCUACCCAUCAGAUGUUGUCACUGCUGUUCACAUCACCUGCACCAGAACAGAAGUAGGGUAGCUGACUGUUGAUAUCGCGACGGGCCACCAGGGUCAAUUUUGCUCUGUUUUUUUGUGAUAAUACAUUUAUCAGGCAAAUUAAGCAGGGCUGGAUGGACAGUUACGUUGUAUCGCUGUUCAGAUAUACAGUAGCUAAACCAGCCAGUUGAACGACUGGGUCGAUUGGAAUUGGUCGCCACUCGCAACAUAGUAGGCGAUCAUGUGUUUGCGCCUACCUAGUUUAGUGACAUUUGAAUGUAUUGUUAAUAGUUGGAAUAAUAUACAUAUAUUGCUAAUCCAGUUUUUCUAAUUAGAGUCCUGGUCUAUAUUGCAUUGUCUGUCAUAGUGCACAUAUAUACACACGAACCAUACAUUAUACCCGAGUGGUCUAAGGAACUGCAGCUCAGCGCUUGAGGCGUCACUACAGACCCCCUGGUUCGAUUCCAGGCUGUAUCAUAAUAGUCCCAUAGGGCGGCGCACAAUUGGCCCAGCGUCGUCCGGGUUUUGCCGGUGUAGGCCGUCAUUGUAAAUAAGAAUUGACUUGCCUCGUUAAAUAAAGGUUUAAAAAAAAAUACAGAUUGUUGUUAGUCUAUAAGAGUAUCCAAAUGCAUGACACUGGCCAUUUUUCAUAACCACUGUCAUUAUAGAGCAGAAUACUCUUUCUCACAAAAUACACACACACAGCACACACACACACCUCGUGCACAUAACCCUUACGAAAAAAUAUUGUAAGGGAAAAUGCAUGCGUUUAGAAUACUAGACAGUGUCUCGAUUUCAGCCUCCAACUGUUUCAUGUAAAGCUGGCCCUUACAAAAAAAGUUCAGUAACAGCAGUCGACUCUGAUAUUUUGGACGCAGAAUAACUGCAGUUACACUGCAAAAUUAUUGCAGUAAAUAAAAUGGUUAUUUUGGAUGCAGUAUUUGCAGCAUACUGCACUCUAACUGCAGUGUACUUCAGUUAUACUGUGCUCUGACUGCAAUCUUUUUUCGUAAGGGGGCACCGCAUGGCAUUUAGGGUACCAUGCCCCUCUUUCAAACAUAAACAACAGAAUAACAAAAACAGGACUUGAAAAGGUUGCAAGACGGCUAGUGUUGUUGUGGGGUUAGCACAAGAUUAAUUUGGAAUAGACUGCUGUCUGAGAUCACAAUAUGACAUAUAGUAGUCUAGAUCGAAAAGUUGGAAAACUCAAACAGCACACACCUUACCUUAGUCCAGCAUAUAAACUGCAAUGGCAAGGACUGCCUCUAUUUGAAAUAGACACAGUCACACACUAAUAUCUUGACUUUCACCCUUAUUCACACCUGCCCGUCCCUCCUCUGUCCCACCUCCACCUCUUGUCAUCUUCCCAUCCAUCCCUCUGAUGAUUUGUAUGGCUUUUUCUCUCUUCUCCCUCCUUGAUCUCUCCUUCCUUACUGUUCCCCAAUUUAGUCGCUGUUCCUGUUAUUCUUUUAGUAAACUCUCACUCCCUUUGCUUAUUUAUCUAUUCCUCAUAACUACAUAGGGUGAAUGAGGGAGAAUUAGGCUAGCUAAGCACUUUACACAGGCUAGGCCUUACCUCUUUCAAGUUUCCCCGUUAGGCUACUCUUUCACCCCUUCUCUCUUUCCCCCACAUGGCCCUAUUCCCACUACGAGAUUUGAAGGAGAGUCUGAGGAGCGGAGUGGCGAAAGAUUUCUACUUUUCAAUUCACAUUCCUUCCUUUCCUUACCUUUCGUUGUGGCUGGCAAUGUGACAUUCUUGGUCCGCAGCUCAAAUUGACCGGUAUUAUCACAGUAAGCCAGUACCCAGUAAAGCACUAACUAUUCAACAAUGACAAACUUUUCUUCUAAAACAUAUUACACUAUAUGAUUUGUCAAGAUGCACAAUUCGUCUGUGCUUCAGUUUGAUCAACUGUAGCCUACUGAUAACAACCACAGCUACAUGUAGCCUAGAGAAGCCUAUGUACUCUGAUCCCAUCUGGGCCUGGCCAGGGGAAAUGUAACAUGUUUUUAUAGUCUAAGCUAUGUAUUUAUAGCCUAAAAUAGGCCCAUUUUAUUUGUGUUCUUAGAAAAUGUGAUUGUGAAUAAAUUUGUUUUAUAUUCAAACUUUGGGUGGCUAGGCUACCUAGGCCCUUUGAAUAAAACAUUAUUGCCUGGAAUUAAUUAGACACAAUAGUGAUGACAUACUGUAUGAGUAUCUUUUUAAUUACAGAUGCAAAGGCCUACAUGAUGCAACCCUGCAUAAAGCUAGCUCGGCCCUGUUAGUUUUAUUGUCCAAUUGCAGUUGUUGUCUGUGUAAAGGGUUUUAAUGUUUUCAUCCUCCUAGGGCCAGGAGUUUGUCCAGUUUUAAUUGUUUUAUAAACCAUAUGACCUAAUUAGAGCAAAUCUGGUCCCAUCAUAGCUCAUACAAAACCACUUUUUACAGCUGAUUUAUUACUAUGACAUACGCUACAACUAGUGUCCGGAGUUGGUUGGUUAGCCUACUACCGCAUCAGUAAAAACUGGGCCCCAGGAAAACAAAUUCCCCCCACCACUCUGGGACUAGUGGUACCACCUCUGAAAUCAUCACACAAUGUUACAAAUGAAAAAACAUAUCCUAUUUGUAUGAUCUACAUUUUUAAAAAAAUGUCGGGAUGGGCUUCAAUAGUUUUAUGUGGCUCAAUGCAGCUGUCGGCUGCUGCGACAAUUUCAAAAUGUAACAGGCUGUUACUGCAAUUUCAGGUAAAACUCAAUAAAACAUGUCUCAUAUUAGGAAAAGGUCUAUACAUUUCAGCUGUUUCAAAAAUAUUGCUCUGCUAUUACCAUUUAUACUGUUUACACUGCCCUGCUUCAAGGGGGCAACUGUCGGGCGCUAGCGGGUGAGAUGUAGCAAGUAUCAAAUCAAAUUGUAUUUGCCACAUGCGCCGAAUACAACAGGUGUAGACAGUACUGUGAAAUGCUUACUUACAGCCCUUAACCAACAAUGCAUUUAUUUUUAAUAAAAAAAAGUAAAAUAAAACAACAACAACAAAAAAGUGUUGAGAAACAAAGAGCAGAAGUAAAAUAAAAUAACAGUAGGGAGGCUAUAUACAGGGGGGUACCGGUGCAGAGUCAAUGUGAGGGGGCACCGGCUAGUUGAGGUAAUAUGUACAUGUGGGUAGAGUUAAAGUGACUAUGCAUAAAUAAUUAACAGAGCAGCAGCGUAAAAAGAAGGGGUGGGGUGGGGUUGGGGGUGGGGGGGCAGUGCAAGUACAUUGAGUAAAAUGUGUAGGCGAUGGUGUUUUUACUCCAAGAGCCCUUCACCCCUCCCCCACCCCUCACUCUUGAAAACCGUCUCCUCUUGACCACACCCUUCACACAACUUUUCUCUUGUUAUAACCAUUCCUUAAAUGUAUGUCUCAGAUUAUGAAAGGUGUGAUUUCCUCAUAAGCUCAUGGGUCAUGCAUCGAACAUGCAUGAUUGUGUCCGCUUGCUUAUGUUCUAUGCAGCAUAUUAUUAUUUCCAGACAUUUUAUGCAAACUGAACAGAUUAUCUGAAAUAAGUAAGUGUAAAGCUAUUCUAUUGAGGGCAGGUUUCAGACUCAGAUUAGACCAAUCCAGAGAGUAGGCUUUUUUUCCUUUCAGUUUUAGUCAAAGAAUGUAAGCUUAACCUUUGAUUAUAUAUGCCUACUUCUUAAACUGCAGAUUCUGUGACUUGGAUCUGUUAGCCAAAAUUUAGCCACAGAUCAGGAGAAUAUUAAAAUGAAUCCAUGAAACCAUAGGGUAAAUCCAUUUGAAUUCAAUAAUUUUUUAACAGCAUCCCUUGUGAUUUAAACAAAACUUUCCAUACAUGUUUGCUCAAAGUGACUUUUUGAACCUGAAUGCCAAAACAUUCAGCAGAUAAAGGUACUCAAAGUUGACCCAUUUUGCAUACCCCACCAUACCAUGAGACAUCCAUGUCUUCAAACUUGAAAAGAUAAACGGUUGAGUUUGAUAUAAUCCCAAUAAUAAAUAAAAACAAGUUAGCAUUUUUAAACCUUUAACAACAAUGAUCUAAAAACGCGUAAACUCAUAGGAUUUUGUGUUGUGACCGCAACACAAUAAAAUUAGAAUUCAUAAUAUAAUUUAUAGAUCAGACCACUGCAAUUCAGCUGGUACACCAUUUAAAUUUAAUUUACAUUUUAACUUCUAAUUAUUACCCCAAACUGUCGGUCCACCCACCGUCGAAUGUCAACUUAAAUUGUCAUAUCUGGGGGCUCCCGAGUGGCGCAGCGGUCUAAGGCACUGCAUCGCAGUGCUAGAGGCGUCACUACAGACCCUAGUUAGAUCCCGGGCUGUAUCACAACCGGCCAUGAUCGGGAGUCCCAUAGGGCACCGCACAAUUGGCCCAGCGUCGCACGGGUUAGGGAAGGGUUUGGCGGGGGGUGGGGGGGACCGGGCAACUGCAGGCUGACCUUGGUCAUCAGGUGAACAGUGUUUCCGCCGACACAUUGGUGCGUCUGGCUUCCGGGUUAAGCGGGCGGGUGUUAAGAAGCGCGGUUUGGCGGGUCAUGUUUGGAGGACGCAUGACUCGACCUUCGCAUCCCGAGCUCGUUGGGGAGUUGCAGCGAUGAGACAAGAUCGAAAUUGGGGAGAAAAAGGGGGUACAAAUAAAUUGUCAUAUCUAUUCAAUUACAGUGGGGGAAAAAAGUAUUUAGUCAGCCACCAAUUGUGCAAGUUCUCCCACUUAAAAAGAUGAGAGAGGCAUGUAAUUUUCAUCAUAGGUACACGUCAACUAUGACAGACAAAAUGAGGAGAAAAAAAAUCCAGAAAAUCACAUUUGUAGGAUUUUUAAUGAAUUUAUUUGCAAGUUAUGGUAGAAAAUAAGUAUUUGGUCAAUAACAAAAGUUUCUCAAUACUUUGUUAUAUACCCUUUGUUGGCAAUGACACGGGUCAAACGUUUUCUGUAAGUCUUCACAAGGUUUUCACACACUGUUGCUGGUAUUUUGGCCCAUUCCUCCAUGCAGAUCUCCUCUAGAGCAGUGAUGUUUUGGGGCUGUUGCUGGGCAACACAGACUUUCAACUCCCUCCAAAGAUUUUCUAUGGGGUUGAGAUCUGGAGACUGGCUAGGCCACUCCAGGACCUUGAAAUGCUUCUUACGAAGCCACUCCUUCGUUGCCCGGGCGGUGUGUUUGGGAUCAUUGUCAUGCUGAAAGACCCAGCCACGUUUCAUCUUCAAUGCCCUUGCUGAUGGAAGGAGGUUUUCACUCAAAAUCUCACGAUACAUGGCCCCAUUCAUUAUUUCCUUUACACGGAUCAGUCGUCCUGGUCCCUUUGCAGAAAAACAGCCCCAAAGCAUGAUGUUUCCACCCCCAUGCUUCACAGUAGGUAUGGUGUUCUUUGGAUGCAACUCAGCAUUCUUUGUCCUCCAAACACGACGAGUUGAGUUUUUACCAAAAAGUUAUAUUUUGGUUUCAUCUGACCAUAUGACAUUCUCCCAAUCCUCUUCUGGAUCAUCCAAAUGCACUCUAGCAAACUUCAGACGGGCCUGUACAUGUACUGGCUUAAGCAGGGGGACACGUCUGGCACUGCAGGAUUUGAGUCCCUGGCGGCGUAGUGUGUUACUGAUGGUAGGCUUUGUUACUUUGGUCCCAGCUCUCUGCAGGUCAUUCACUAGGUCCCCCCGUGUGGUUCUAGGAUUUUUGCUCACCGUUCUUGUAAUCAUUUUGACCCCACGGGGUGAGAUCUUGCGUGGAGCCCCAGAUCGAGGGAGAUUAUCAGUGGUCUUGUAUGUCUUCCAUUUCCUAAUAAUUGCUCCCGCAGUUGAUUUCUUCAAACCAAGCUGCUUACCUAUUGCAGAUUCAGUCUUCCCAGCCUGGUGCAGGUCUACAAUUUUGUUUCUGGUGUCCUUUGACAGCUCUUUGGUCUUGGCCAUAGUGGAGUUUGGAGUGUGACUGUUUGAGGUUGUGGACAGGUGUCUUUUAUACUGAUAACAAGUUCAAACAGGUGCCAUUAAUACAGGUAACGAGUGGAGGACAGAGGAGCCUAUUAAAGAAGAAGUUACAGGUCUGUGAGAGCCAGAAAUCUUGCUUGUUUGUAGGUGACCAAAUACUUAUUUUCCACCAUAAUUUGCAAAUAAAUUCAUAAAAAAUCCUACAAUGUGAUUUUCUGGAUUUUUUUCUCUCAAUUUGUCUGUCAUAGUUGACGUGUACCUAUGAUGAAAAUUACAGGCCUCUCUCAUCUUUUUAAGUGGGAGAACUUGCACAAUUGGUGGCUGACUAAAUACUUUUUUUCCCCCACUGUAUCUAUAUUUCUUUGAUUUCAGUAGGUUUCCUAUGGAGGAUUGACAGUAUAAUUUAAAACAACAUAUAUUCCAAUUCAAGUCAACAUUCUCUGUGUUGAUCUCCAACCAUAUUUGUGGUACCAGUUAAAAUGUAAAUUUUAUUCCCAUUUUAGUACAUUUAUCAGCCAAAACAUGACACUCACCCUGUAUUCAAGAGCAUGUUGUCUCAACCGAUGGCGGGCACAACACAAUAACCUUAGAUUAUAGGGCUGCACGAUUAAUCAAAUUCAGAUUUGCAAGAGUCUGCGAUUUUCUAUUUUCUUUGACACUCCGUUAAUACAACAAAAACUAGACUACAGUACCUCCUCCAAUGAGAUCCGCUAGACUCCGUUCAUUCACUCUCUACAUGCACAGAGGAUGCUGACCAAUCACUAGCGGACUCUCUGCAUGGCAUACACAUGCUAGCCAAUCACAAGCGUCCCCGCUUAAAGCACAUGCUGGUGAGGAGAGAAAGGGCUUUACCAAAGACAGUACAGUAUGAGGUUUAGAAACUGUGGCUUUACAUCAGUGUGUGUCGGAAACAUGAGUGCCGCUAGUGCUAACAAGAACGUCGAUUUGGUGCCAAAAAAGGGUGCAUCUUCAGUGGUAUGGCAGUAUUUCGGCUACAGGCAAACCGAUGUCAACCAAAUGCAAGUGUUGUGCAAAAAGUGCCUCAGUGUAGUGGUGACAUCAAGACGCGACAACAAGAGGCAACACAACAAAUGUAUUACAUCAUUUGAAGAAUAACCAUCCCCUACUUUACGACGAUUGCAUGGUAUGAAAAAGCGCCCGACAGCAGCAAAGCCCUUCAGCCACAACCAGCCACCUACAUUAAAGGGCAAUUCCACCACUUUUCAACCUCAUAUUCAUCACCUCCAGCACCAAACAAGUGUCUACAUACUGUAUGUGAAAACGUUUCUAUGAUCUGUUGUUAAAAAUAUAAGUAGAAAGGUCCUAAAAAAAUGCUUCUGUGACAUCACCGGGUAGAAUUUUCAAAACUUGCAACGAGUUUCUAGACCAAGGGGGAUAUUUUCCUGCUCCCCAAGUCACUGCGGCUCUCAUACUGUUUGAAAUUCACUGUUUUGAAAAUGUAACGUUAUUUUUAUUUUAUAUUUUUUACCCCCUUUUUCUCCUUAAUUUCGUGGUAUCCAAUUGGUAGUAGUUACAGUCUUGUCUCAUCGCUGCAACUCCCGUACGGACUCGGGAGAGGCGAAGGUCAGGAGCCGUGCGUCCUCCGAAACACAACCCAGCCGAGCCGCACUGCUUCUUGACACAAUGCCCGCUUAACCCGGAAGCCAGCCGCACCAAUGUGUCAGAGGAAACACUGCACACCUGGCGACCAUGUCAGCGUGCACUGCACCCGGCCCGCCACGGGAGUCGCUAGUGCGUGAUGGGACAAGAAUACCCCUGCCGGCCAAACCCUCCCCUAACCUGGACGACGCUGGGCCAAUUGUGUGCUGCCCCAUGGGUCUCCUGGUCGCGGCCAGCUGCUACAGAGCCUGGACUCAAACCAGGAUCUCUAGUGGCACAGCUAGCACUGCUUAGACCACUGCACCACUCGGGAGUACCUGUUUUAUCUUUAUAUAUAUAUUUUUCUACAAAACGUAGAAAUGUGCCAUUUUCACAUAUGUUGACACGGGUAUUGUGCUGGAGAUAAUGAAAUGAGUUUGAAAAGUGGUGGAGUUGCCCUUUUAAACAGGCAUUGAUUACUCAUACGUUUUCAAGUAUAAUGCCCUACGAAAAACAUCCUGCAGACACAUGGAAAUCACAGAGGCUAUCACAUAGCCAAAGACAUGGUUCCUAUUUACACAGUCAGCAAAGACUGCUUCAAGAAGAUGAUAAACAAGCUGGCCAGGAGAUACAAGAUUCCAUCUCGCACAUAUUUCUCCCAAGUCGCCAUCCCAACACUAUAACAAAUUAAGGGAGAAGGUGGAACAUGUUGCGUUGAAUGACUGGACCAGACUCCAAUGUUUUGGACACAGGCUGCACCUUGCAAUCGGUAGGCUACGUAUUACAUGAUUUUAAGUAUAAUUUCAAUUAUAAUAAUGAUUGCGGCUACUUAUAAUUACACAAUGAUAAGCUUCCUAUUCCAUCUGCAGCCAAUGGCUGCCUGAAUAAAUAAUUAACUUAGGUUAUUUAAGAACUCAUAAUGGUAAAAUAGGAACUUGUGUAAUUCAUUAAUUGAUACAAUGGGCAAAUAUGUAUGGAAGGUUUUGUUCAAAUCAAAAGGGGAGAUGUCAAAAAGUGAAUGAAUUCAAAUGGAUUUACUCCAUACCAUUAUUAUCUUUAAUAAGUGCCGAGCUGGCCGCCCGGCCAAACUGAGCAAUCGGGGGAGAAGGGCCUUGGUCAGGGAGGUGACCAAGAACCCGAUGGUCACUCUGACAGAGCUCUAGAGUUCCUCUGUGGAGAUGGGAGAACCUUCCAGAAGGACAACCAUCUUUGCAGCACUCCACCAAUCAGGCCUUUAUGGUGGAGUGGCCAGACGGAAGCCACUCCUCAGUAAAAGGCACAUGACAGCCCGCUUGGAGUUUGCCAAAAGACACCUAAAGGACUCUGACCAUGAGAAACAAGAUUAUCUGGUCUGAUGAAACCAAGAUUGAACUCUUUUGCCUGAAUGCCAAGCGUCACGUCUGAAGGAAACCUGGCACCAUCCCUACGGUGAAGCAUGGUGGUGGCAGCAUCAUGCUGUGGCAAUGUUUUUCAGCGGCAGGGACUGUGAGACUAGUCAGGAUUGAGGCAAAGAUGAACGGAGCAAAGUACAGAGAGAUCCUUGAUGAAAACCUGCUCCAGAGCGCUCAGGACCUCAGACUGGGGCGAAGGUUCACCUUCCAACAGGACAACGACCCUAAGCACACAGCCAAGACAACGCAGGAGUGGCUUGGGGAAAAGUCUCUGAAUGUCCUUGAGUGGCCCAGCCAGAGCCCGGACUUGAACCUGAUCGAACAUCUCUGGAGAGACCUGAAAAUAGCUGUGCAUCGACGCUCCCCAUCCAACCUGACAGAGCUUGAGAGGAUCUGCAGAGAAGAAUGGGAGAAACUCCCCAAAUACAGGUGUGCCAAGCUUAGUCAUACCAAAGAAGACUCAAGUCUGUACUCGCUUCCCAAGUUGCUUCAACAAAGUACUGAGUAAAGGGUCUGAAUACCUAUGUAAAUGUAAUAUUUCAGUUUUUUAUUUUUAAUAAAUUAGCACACAUUUCUAAAAAAACAGUUUUUGCUUUGUCAUUAUUGGAUAUUGUGUGUAGAUUGAUGAGGAAAACCUUUAAAAAAAAAUCACUUUUAGAAUAAGACUGUAACGUAACAAAAUGUGGAAAAAGUCAAGGUGUCUGAAUACUUUCCGAAGGCACAUGUGUAUCGUUUUGCCCCUUUUUUUAAAGAGCUGCAUAAAAUCUAAUUACUUACAACUUCGGUUGGUAUUGCAAUAAAGUAUUAAAACUUGAAUCCAAACUAAAAUGGCUGCCCCACUUCCUCCCCAGGUAAGAGCAAGGAGGCGGAGAUCAAGCGGAUCAAUAAGGAGCUGGCCAACAUCCGCUCCAAGUUCAAGGGGGACAAGGCCCUGGAUGGCUAUAGUAAAAAGAAGUAUGUCUGCAAGCUGCUCUUCAUCUUCCUGCUGGGACAUGACAUCGACUUUGGACACAUGGAGGCUGUCAACCUGCUCAGCUCCAACAAGUACACAGAGAAACAGAUCGUAAGUGUAGUGUGCGCGUGUGUGUGUGUGCGCGUGCGUGUGUGAGAGCACCCAACUUGUAUGAAUAAAACAUGUAUGUGUGCUGUGUCCUUGCGGCUAUGUCUGUCUGUGUGGGUUGUCUGUAUAUUUUCAGUUUGUGGCAAGGCAGCAGCUACUCUUCCUGGGGUCCAAACAUAUUAAAGCACUUACAUUACAUAUAAAACUAAAUAUAAAACAUUACAUCAUAUAACAUUACACCACUACAUAUCUACAAUACAAAAUGUUUAAUACCACUAUACAACAAUAUCACAAUGUGUGCGUAUGCAUAUGUCUGUACCUUUUGUGUGUGUCUCUUCACAGUCCCCGUUGUUCCGUAAGGUGUAUUUUUAUCUGUUUAAAAAAAAUCUGAUUCUACUGCUUGCAUCAGUUACCUGAUGUGGAAUAGAGUUCCAUGUAGUCAUUGCUCUAUUUAGUACUGUGCGCCUCCCAUGGUCUGUUCUGGACUUGGGACUGUGAAGAGACCUCUGGUGGCAUGUCUUGUGGGGUAUGCAUGGGUGUCCGAGCUGUGUGCUAGUAUUUUAAACAGACAGCUCAGUACAUUCAGCUUGUCAACACCUCUUACAAAAACAAGUAGUGAUAAAGUCAAUCUCUCUUCCACUUUGAGCCAUGAGAGAUUGACAUGCAUAUCAUUAAUGUUAGCUCUCCGUGUACUUUUAAGGGCCAGCCGUGCUGCCCUGUUCUGAGCCAACUGCAAUUUUCUCAAGUCCCUCUUUGUGGCACCUGACCACACUGCUGAACAGUAGUCUAGGUGCGACAAAACUAGGCCCUGUUAAGAAGGCAGAGCAGCGCUUUAUUAUGGACAGACUUCUCCCCAUCUUAGCUACUGUUGUAUCGAUAUGUUUUGACCAUGACAGUUUACAAUCCAGGGUUACUCCAAGCAGUUUAGUCACCUCAACUUGCUCAAUUUCCACAUUAUUCAUUACGAGAUGUAGUUGAGGUUUAGGGUUUAGUGAAUGAUUUGUCCCAAAUAGAAUGCUUUUAGUUUUGGAAAUAUUUAGGACUAAUUUAUUCCUUGCUACCCAUUCCGAAACUAACUGCAGCUCUUUAAGUGUUGCAGUUAUUUCAGUUGCUGUAGUAGUUGACAUGUAUAGUGUUGAGUCAUCCGCAUACAUAGACACACUGGCUUUACUCAAAGCCAGUGGCAUGUUGUUAGUAAAGAUGGAAAGAAAGUAAGGGGCCUAAACAGCUACCCUGGGGAAUUCCUGAUUCUACCUGGAUUAUGUUAGUGAGGCUUCCAUUAAAGAACACCCUCUGUGUUCUGUUAGACAAGUAACUCUUCAUCCACAUUAUAGCAGGGGGUGUAAAGCCAUAAAACAAGUUUUUCCAGCAGCAGACUAUGAUCGAUAAUGUCAAUUGCUGCACUGAAGUCUAACAAGACAGCCCCCACAAUCAUUUUAUCAUCAAUUUCUCUCAGUCAAUCAGUCAUUUGCGUAAGUGCCAUGCAUGUUUAAUGUCCUUCCCUAUAAGCGUGCUGAAAGUCUGUUGUCAAUUUGUUUACUGUAAAAUAGCAUUGUAUCUGGUCAAACACCAUUUUCCCCAGAAGUUUACUAAGGGUUGGUAACAGGCUGAUUGGUCGGCUAUUUGAACCAGUAAAGAGGGCUUCACUAUCCUUGGGCAGUGGAAUGACUUUAGCUUCCCUCCAGGCCUGAGGGCACAAUCUUUCUAGUAGGCUUAAAUUGAAGAUGUGGCAAAUAGGAGUGGCAAUAUUGUCCGCUAUUAUCCUCAGUAAUUUUCCAUCCAGAUUGUCAGACCCGGGUGGCUUGUCAUUGUUGAUAGACAACAAUAAUUUUAUCACCUCUUCCAAACGGACUUUACGGAAUUCAAAAUUACAAUGCUUGUCUUUCAUAAUUUGGUCAGAUAUACUUGGAUGUGUAGUGUCAGCAUUUGUUGCUGGAAUGUCAUACCUAAGUUUGCUUAUCUUGCCAAUGAAGAAGUCAUUAAAGUAGUUGGCAAUAUCAGUGGGUUUUGUGAUGAAUGAGCCAUCUGAUUCAAUGAAUGAUGGAGCCGAGUUUACUUUUUUCCCCAAAAUGUCAUUUAAGGUGCUCCAAAGCUUUUUUACUAUCAUUCUUUAUAUCAUUUAUUUUUGUUUCAUAGUAUAGUUUAUUUUUCUUUAGUUUAGUCACAUGAUUUCUUAAUUUGCAGUACGUUUGCCAAUCAGUUGGGCUGCCAGACUUAUUUGCAAUACCUUUUGCCUCCUCCCUCUCAACCAUACAAUUUUUCAAUUCCUCAUCAAUCCAAGGGGAUUUAACAGUUUUACAGUCAUUUUCUUAAUGUGUGCGUGCUUAUUAGUAACUGGAAUAACCAGUUUCACACGUGUCAAGUGCAGCGUCUGGUUGCUCCUCAUUACACACCACAGACCAGAAAAUAUUAUUUACAUCAUCAACAUAUGAAUCACAACAAAACGUAUUGUAUGACCUCUUAUACACUAUAUUAGGCCCAGCCUUUGGAACUUUGGUUUUCCUAGAUAUGGCUACUAUAUACAUCCUAUGGAUUUGGAUACUGCUUUAAAGCAAAUUUCUGCAGCGUUAGUAAAGAUGUGAUCAAUACAUGUUGAUGAUUUAAUUCCUGUGCUGUUUGUAAAUACCCUCUGCCACUGUAUUACUUUUUCUCUUAAACUGUUCUUUCAAUGCUUAUAGUAAACAUACACUGGUACAUUAACAUAACCCAUUCUGGGGUCCUAGUCUUGUCUGUUUAUAUUUGCAGUACAACAGAUCAUUGAACUUAGUGUCAUUCAUUCGAAUGUCAAGCUCUGCUUUGGUGUUCAGAUAUUCUGACCGGAACAUUCAAUUGCCAGUGCAAAGACUUAUAAGUAGUCCUAUAUAUGUCACGGUAUGUAUGACUAUUGGGUUAUACGAUAUGUAUAUAAAAAGAUUUACGUUGAAGUUUGACCUGACAGGGCGUGUUUCAGUACUAACUCUUUCACAAUGGUAGCCUUUGGUCUGGUUUGAAUACUUUGAAAAUGUUUUGCCUUCCUUUCCUUCCUUUGAUAAUGUUGUGGAAACCACACAUUCGCUCUAGUCAUGUCAGAUUAGUGGUUUCAUUGAGGAAAAAGGAAGGCAAUACGUUACAAAGUAUUUUUACAAGGCCACAUUGCACAUUCAGUAGGGUACAUCAUUGUGGAAUAUUCACAUAUAAAAAUACUGUGAAGACAUGCCUCUGAUGUUCACAGUAAGAAAUCAUGUCAUCUAUUCACUCUAACACAACCCAGGUUCAGAGGGUUUGAAUUGAAAAGAUGAUGUCAUGCCUCUUCACCGUUUGGUGGAGGAACGCUCCAAUGCACCUUAAGACAAAACAAUGGUUACGUCUCAAAUUAGGGUUGUGAACGUUUUAGGGCUGACCCCAAUUAGUCGACUGGUCGAUUGUUUGGUUGAUAGGCUGUUGGUCGACCAAUAUUUUUUUUUAGUCGAGCAGUAGCAAAUUGUUUUGAUUUUUAAGGCAUACGACACACCUGUCUGAUUCACGCCCAUCUCAGUGAACUAAUCCAUUGCGGAGGCCACAUGGAUGGCGCAGUCCAAGAAGAAGGUCAGUGUGGCUAAAAUGCACAAUGCACGUCUCUCUUCAGAAUGCGCUCUCUCCUGCCAAUUUGUGCACAUUCAUUGUUUCAUAACUUUGUGUGAGUUGUUUGCCUUGAUUGUUAGUGUCUAUCAAUUCCCCAUUACAUAUAUCACCAGUAGUAGCCUACAUUUACCGUUAAUUCCUAUAAUUUCUAAUCUACAAUGUUUGUUUGGUUACAGUCAUUUCUGUUAAUGCUUUCAAUGUAUUAUUAUUCCAGUCUUUUACCAUUCUCAUUGUAAGAGUGGACACGUUGUUUGCAGAGCGCACAACCUAUGCUACACUUGUGAGAAACAACUUCUGGCCUCCUGUAGCUCAAUUGGUAGAGCAUGGCGCUUGCAACGCCAGGGUUGUGGGUUCAAUUCCCACGGGGGGCCAGUAUGAAUUUUUUUUAUGCACUCACUAACUGUAAGUUGCUCUGGAUAAGAGCGUCUGUUAAAUGACUAAAAUGUAAAUGUAACUUCAUUCCAUUUACGAUUUUUGUCAAUUUAAUCAUAGUUAUUUGUUUGGAGCACUACUGUCAAUGUUAAGUAAGGACGUGCACUGAUUAUGCAUAGAUGUAGGCCUAUAGGCUACCUGGAUAUUUUCUACCUGCAGGCUGCAAUGUUUUUAUUUGUAGGCUUUAUCUAGGCUAUUUUUACCUAGUUGGCAAUGGCAAUAGAAGUUACUUUUUAGUUUUGUAUAAUUUUCAUUUAUAUUUGGAUAGAAUUUUGAUUAACCACAUGACAAUGAUUAUGAGAUACUAAGACGUUAUUAUAAAUUAAAUUAAAAUGUUCCACAAAAAUGUGCAUAUGAAAACCAUAACUGGCACGCAGAUCAGUAGAAAUUGUAAGAUAAGUUGGCAUUCCACAUGAGAAAGGCUGCCGACUUCUCGUGUAGCCUAUUACCGGCAACUUCAGGAGAGUAAUGGCCGAAUCUGUAAAAGUCAGCAGGAGGAGGAUGGUCAGGUUAAGCUGGUUCUCUUCUUGAUCUCUGGCUCCCUCUUGAGUCAUUUGUGUCUUAUUUCAUCAAACAGUGCGCUUAAAGCAUCAGACAAGCUCAAUUCAUAUGUAAUUGAUUUGAUUAAAACACAUAUAUGGAAAACACUAUAUAUGGAACAAAUUUCUACUAAUCGAUUGGUCGAAAGAACAGACGACUUUUGGCCGAGCAAGAUUUUUUAAAGUCGGGGACAGCCCUAGAACGUUUAAAUGUUAAAACGUUUAAACAAAAUGUAGAUCCUGAAUGUUAAGAAAAAUCCUUAACCGAAAAACAAUGUAUUUUUCUUUCUUUAAAAUCACAGUGCAGUUAUCACAAAACUACCACUAACAGGUUCCGAUCAUCAUCAUAAUCAAACAAAUAACUAAUGCAACAAAUGCUGUAACGUUAGUAGGAGGAAAUAAAUGAUAUUUUAUUAACCGUAGCUGUAAUGCAUGAGGGAGAGCAAGAGACUCGAAGCAGAGCAGCAGCUCAAAUGUGCGUGACGAGAGGGGGAGAGCAAUAGCAACCAAGUCGACUGGUACUGGUAGACUAACUUAUUGCUAGUUUUUUUAAAAUAAAUUUUACAUUUAGCAGACGCUCUUAUCCAGAGCGACUUACAGUAGUGCAGGGGGUUCCCAAACUCUUUCGACCCCAACCAUGUGAAAAUAAAUCUGUAAUUAACAGCCAAUGUUAACUUUUUUAUUUGAGGCUAUGGCAGUCAAUUGAAAAACAUUCUAGCAGUAUUUCUGAUUGUCUUCUCAACUCACCAUCACAUACUUUUAAUGUGGAGCAGUCUAUUGCAAAUUAGUCUGACAAAAUGUAUCUUAUCUCACCACCACUAAUAAAAUGGGUGUGCUUGAUGCAUGUCACGUCGGAGCUUCCCAAAGUCAAGGGACUUGGUCGACAGUGCGCAUCUCAUCUCUGCUGUUACAUCCAACCUUGAUCAAUAUUUGGUUUUAAUGCAGACUGAAUAGAUAUGAGCUGGUGAAGGGUACCUCUGUAGCUCAGCUGGUAGAGCACGGCGCUUGUAACGCCAAGGUAGUGGGUUCGAUCCCCGGGACCACCCAUACACAAAUAAAUGUAUGCACGCAUGACUGUAAGUCGCUUUGGAUAAAAGCGUCUGCUAAAUGGCAUAUUAUUACCAUGAGCUCUAUGGUGCUUCCAAGACAACUGAGAACUCGGAGGUCAAAUCAUGACGUCAGUGAUCUUAAGGUCGGAAAGUCGGAGCUCUAGAAAGAGUUCCUGAGUUGGAAUUCCGAGUUGGAUGACCGUUCAAAACUAUUUUUCCCAGUCUUUAGAGUUCGUUUUUUCCCAAGUUCCCAGUUGUCCACGAUCAGCUCCUUCGUUUUGUUGACGUAGAGGUUAAUUACAUUAAUGCUCAGAGGGAGACGGCAUGGUAUUAUUCUCUGUGAAUGCGUUGUCUGCAGUCUUCGGUCAUAUGAUUUCACUUACCAGCAUGUCAACUGAGCCAGGAUCACAGUCAAACAGAUUGGGAAGUAGGUCCAAAAGUGAUCUUUCAAGCGUUGGAGGUGAGCAGUCAUGACUCGUGUGGGACACCUACUGAUGCUUUUUUCUGUUAGAAACAUGCACAGCCGAGGGAAGGAGGCAUUGUUCGCUUUUGAAAGACUUUAUCCAAUAAGAAUUUUGGUUGAGUAACCAGGUGGUAGCCGGCUAGUGAUGGCUAUUUAACAGUCUGAUGGCCUUGAGAUAGAAUAUGUUUUUCAGUCUCUCGGUCCCAGCUUUGAUGCACCUGUACUGACCUCGCCUUCUGGAUGAUAGUGGGGUGAACAGGCAGUGGCUCGGGUGGUUCAUGUCCUUGAUGAUCUUUUUGGCCUUCCUGUGACAUCGGGUGCUGUAGGUGUCCCGGAGGGCAGGCAGUGUGCCCCCGGUGAUGCGUUGGGCAGACCGUACCACCCUCUGGAGAGCCCUGCGGUUGCGGGAGGUGCAGUUGCCGUACCAGGCGGUGAUACAACCCGACAGGAUGCUCUCAAUGGUGCAUCUGUAAAAGUUUGUGAGGGUCUUAGGGGACAAGCCACAUUUCUUCAGCCUCCUGAGGUUGAAGAGGCGCUGUUGCUUCUUCUUCACCAUACUGUCUGUGUGGGUGGACCAUUUUCAGUGAUGUCUGCUGAGGAACUUGAAGCUUUCCACGUUCUCCACUGCGGUCUCGUCGAUGUGGAUAGGGGCGUGCUCCCUCUGCUGUUUCCUGAAGUCCACGAUCAGCUCCUUCGUUUUGUUGACGUAGAGGUUAUUUUCCUGGCACCACUCCGCCAGGGCCUUCACCUCCUCCCUGUAGGAGUUCUUGUCAUUGUUGGUAAUCAGGCCUACUACUGUUGUGUCGUCUGCAAACUAGAUGAUUGAGUUGGAGGUGUGUGUGGCUACGCAGUCAUGGGUGAACAGGGAGUACAGGAGGGGGCUGAGCAUGCACCCUUGUGGGGCCCCUGUGUUGAGGAUCAGCGAAGUGGAGGUGUUGUUUCCUACCUUCACCACCUGGGGGGCGGCCCGUCAGGAAGUCCAGGACCCAGUUGCACAGGGUGGGGUUCAGACCCAGGGCCCCGAGCUUAGAGAUUAGCUUGUUCAUAGUCAAUGAACAGCAUUCUGACGUAGGUAUUCCUCUUGUCCAGAUGGGAUAGGGCAGUGCGAUGGCGAUUGCAUCGUCUGUGGAUCUAUUGGAGCGGUAAGCAAAUUGAAGUGGGUCUAGGGUGUCAGAAAUGGUAGCAGAAGGUGAAUGUUGAACUUUUGUUGCACACAUAUCCAGAUAAUGCUGCGUACCCUUUUGCGCAAUGACACUAUAGGUAUGUUCGAGGCGUAGCAAUGCACUUUGGCUGCUCUACGAGUGGUCUGGAUCACGCAUUGAUUUGCAAAGGUUUUUAAGAGCUACGUUACUAAUGAAGGCUCUGGGAAACAAUUCGGGUACUAAAUAUACAUCGUAAGAAGGUUCUAAUGGUGAUCUUAACGCCACGAAGACUCUGGGAAACGAGGCCCUGGUCAAGAGUAGUGCACUGUGUAGGGAAUAGGGUGCCAUUUGGGACACAGACAAUGGCUACACAACACUUUGUCAUGAUGUGGUGACGUGUAGGCUACCUCCCGGUCUCUCAUUCUCCUCAGGUCAUUGUUACAGUAUCCGUUUCCUUCUUUCUUCUGCACCCAACCCUAAAGGACGACAAGCCUCUUGAACUAGAAUGGCCUUCCAUGUGAAAGCAUUUGAGAAGACUUUCUAUUAGCAAGAGGAACAGAGGAGGAGAAUUUGAGAAGAGAGUAGAGUGGCAGAGAAUCCUUCUUCUUUUUUAUUUUAUUUUUAUUUCACCUUUAUUUAACCAGGUAAGCCAGUUGAGAACAAGUUCUCAUUUACAACUGCGACCUGGCCAAGAUAAAGCAAAGCAGUGUGAUUAAAAACAACAACAACAGAGUUACAUAUGGAAUAAACAAAAACAUAGUCAAUAACACAAUAGAAAAUAGAAAAUCUAUAUACAGUGUGUGCAAAUGUAGUAAAUUAUGGAGGUAAGGCAAUAAAUAGGCCAUAGUGCAAAAUAAAUACAAUUUAGUAUUAACACUGGAGUGAUAGAUGUGCAGAAGAUGAUGUGCAAAUAGAGAUACUGGGGUGCAAAUGAGCAAUGUAAAUAACAAUAUGGGGAUGAGGUAGUUGGGUGGGCUAAUUAGAUGGGCUGUGUACAGGUACAGUGAUCGGUAAGCUGCUCUGACAACUGAUGCUUAAAGUUAGUGAGGGAGAUAAGAGUCUCCAGCUUCAGAGAUUUGUGUAGUUCGUUCCAGUCAUUUGCAGCAGAGAACUGGAAGGAAUGGCGGCCAAAGGAGGUGUUGGCUUUGGGGAUGACCAGUGAGAUAUACCUGCUGGAGCGCAUACUACGGGUGGGUGUUGCUAUGGUGACCAAUGAGCUAAGAUAAGGCGGGGAUUUGCCUAGAAGUGAUUUAUAGAUGACCUGGAGCCAGUGGGUUUGGCGACGAAUAUGUAGUGAGGGCCAGCCAACGAGAGCGUACAGGUCACAGUGGUGGGUAGUAUAUGGGGUUUUGGUGACAAAACGGAUGGCACUGUGAUAGACUACAUUACAUUUACAUUUACAUUUUAGUCAUUUAGCAGACGCUCUUAUCCAGAGCGACUUACAGGAGCAAUUAGGGUUAAGUGCCUUGCUUAAGGGCACAUCGACAGAUCUUUCACCUAGUCGGCUCGGGGAUUAGAACCAGCGACCUUUCGGUUACUGGCACAACGCUCUUACCCACUAAGCUACCUGCCGCCCUACAUCCUGAGUAGAGUGUUGGAAGCUAUUUUGUAAAUGACAUCGCCGAAGUCAAGGAUCGGUAGGAUAGUCCGUUUUACGAGGGCAUGUUUAGCAGCAUGAGUGAAGGAGGCUUUGUUGUGAAACAGGAAGCCGAUUCUAGAUUUAACUUUGGAUUGGAGAUGCUUAAUGUGAGUCUGGAAGGAGAGUUUACGGUCUAACCAGACACCUAGGUAUUUGUUGUUGUCCACAUAUUCUAAGUCAGACCCGCCGAGAGUAGUGAUUCUAGUCGGGCGGGCGGGUGCAAGCAGCGUUCGAUUGAUGCAUUUAGUUUUACUAGCGUUUAAGAGCAGUUGGAGGCCACAGAAGGAGUGUUGUAUGGCAUUGAAGCGCGUUUGGAGGUUUAUUAACACAGUGUCCAAUGAAGGGCCAGAUGUAUACAAAAUGGUGUCGCCUCCGUAGAGGUGGAUCUGAGUCGGCCCGAGAAUUGAACCCAUAGAGACUGCCAGAGGUCCAGACAACAGGCCCUCCGAUUUGACACUUUGAACUCUAUCUGAAAAGUAGUUGGUGAACCAGGCGAGGCAGUCAGUUGAGAAACCAAGGCUAUUUAGUCUGCCAAUAAGAAUGCGGAGAUUGACAGAGUCAAAAGCCUUGGCCAGGUCGAUGAAGACGGCUGCACAGUACUGUCUUUUAUCAAUCGCGGUUAUUAUAUAGUUUAGGACCUUGAGCGUUGCUGAGGUGCACCCAUGACCAGUUCGGGGGGGGGGGGGGGGGGGGCAUGGGCAAGUUGCAGCGGAGGGUGCAGAGCUGGUGGCCGGGGUAGGGGUAGCCAGGUGGAAAGCAUGGCCAGCUGUAGCAAAAUGCUUAUUGAAAUUCUCGAUUUAUCGUAGAUUUAUCGGUGGUGACAGUGUUUCCUAGCCUCAGUGCAGUGGGUAGCUGGGAGGAGGUGCUUUUAUUCUCCAUGGACUUUACAGUGUCCCAAAACUUUUUGGAGUUAGUGCUACAGGAUGCAAAUUUCUGUUUGAAAAAGCUAGCCUUUGCUUUCCUAACUGAUUGUGUAUAUUGGUUCCUGACUUCCCUGAAAAGUUGCAUAUCGCGGGGGCUGUUCGAUGCUAAUGCAGUACGCCACAGGAUGUUUUUGUGCUGGUCAAGGGCAGUCAAGUCUGGGGUGAACCAGGGGCUAUAUCUGUUCUUAGUUCUGCAUUUUUUGAAUGGGGCAUGCUUAUUUAAGAUGGAGAGGAAAGCAAUUUUGAAGAACAUCCAGGCAUCCUCUACUGACAGAAUGAGGUCAAUAUCCAUCCAGGAUACCUGGGCCAGGUCAAUUAGAAAGGCCUGCUCGCUGAAGUGUUUUAGGGAGCGUUUGACAGUGAUGAGGGGUGGUCGUUUGACCACGGACCCAUUAAGGCAAUGAGGCAGUGAUCGCUGAGAUCUUGGUUGAAGACAGCGGAGGUGUAUUUAGAGGGUAAAUUAGUCAGGAUGAUAUCUAUGAGGGUGCCCAUGUUUACGGAUUUAGGGUUGUACCUGGUAGGUUCCUUGAUAAUUUGUGUGAAAUUGAGGGCAUCUAGUUUAGAUUGUAGGAUGGCUAGAUUGUGUUAAGCAUAUCCCAGUUUAGGUCACAAAGCAGUACGAACUCUGAGGAUAGAUGGGGGGCAAUCAAUUCACAUAUGGUGUCCAGGGCACAGCUGGGGGCUGAGGGGGGUCUGUAGCAAGCGGCAACAGUGAGAGACUUACUUCUGGAGAGGUGGAUUUUUAGAAGUAGAAGCUCAAACUGUUUGGGCACAGACCUAGAUAGUAUGAUAGAGCUCUGCAGGCUAUCUCUACAGUAGAUUGCAACUCCGCCCCCUUUGGCAGUUCUAUCUAGACGGAAAAUGUUGUAGUUCGGGAUGGACAUUUCUGAAUUUUUGGUGGCCUUCCUAAGCCAGGAUUCAGACACUGCUAGAACAUCAGGGUUGGCAGAGUGUGCUAACGCAGUGAAUAACUCAAACUUGGGGAGGAGGCUUCUGAUGUUAACAUGCAAGAAACCAAGGCUUUUACGGUUACAGAAAUCAAUAAAUGAUCGCGCCUGGUGAGUAGGAGUGAUACUGGGGGCUACAGGGCCUGGGUUAACCUCUACAUCACCAGAGGAACAGAGGAGGAAUAUAAUAAGUAUACGGCUAAAGGCUUUAAGAACUGGGCGGCAGGUAGCUUAGUGGUUAAGAGCGUUGUGCCAGUAACCGAGAGGUCGCUGGUUCUAAUCCCCGAGCCGACUAGGUGAAAAAUCUGUUGAUGUGCCCUUGAGCAAGGCACUUAACCCUAAUUGCUCAUGUAAGUCGCUCUGGAUAAGAGCGUCUGCUAAAUGUCUAAAAUGUAAAAAAUGUCUUCUAGUGCGUUGGGUACAGAGAAUAAACGGGACUGAUUUCCAGGCGUUGUAGAAUAGAUUCAGGGCAUUAUGUACAGACAAGGAUAUGGAAGGAUAUGAGUACAGUGGAGGUACACCUAAGCAUUGGGUAACGAUGAAAGAGAUAGCAUCACUGGAGGUACCGAUUGAGCCGGUCUCUGCGUGUAUUGGGGGUGGGACAAAGAAGCUAUCUGAGGCAGGUUGAGCGGGACAGGGGGCUUUACAGUGAAAUAGUACAAUAACAACUAACCCAAACAGCAAUAGGCUAGGCAUAUUGACAUGGGGGAGAGGCAUAACGCAAUCACAGGUGUUAUUCGAGAGGGCUAAGACAACAACUGGUAAUGGCGACGAAAGUUUGGGCUGAGGCUAAACAGAUAAACAGGAUGGGGUACCGUGUAAAGGAACAGUAGCUUAAGCUGAGUGAUCAUAAGGUCCAUUGAACAGCAAUAGGUAAGUCCGGGAGCAGUUCGUAGGCUGCUACAGCACAGGCGAGCAGGAGGCACGGCUGUUGAUUGCGCGUGCUAGCGGGCCGGUGCUAGCAGGUGUAUCUUCAUGGUCGUCACAACGGGAAGCCUGUUGAAACCGCAUCAGACGACUACGUCGGCAGACCAGUCGUGAUGGAUCGGCUCCGUGUCGACACUAGGAGGUCCCGUCCUGUUGAUAGAGUUGUGGAUAGCCGGGAGAUGGGCCUGGCUCGAGGCUAGCUCAAGGCUAACUGAGGAUGGUCUUAGUGCCAACAUCGGUUUGUGGUGGUAAAUAGACGACAAUGAAAAAUAUAGAUGAGAACUCUGUUGGUAGAUCGUUUUGUCUACAGCUUAUCAUGAGGUAUUCUACCUAAGGCGAGCAAUACCUCGAGACUUCUUUUAAUAUUAGACAUUGUGCACCAGCAGUUAUUGACAAAUAGACACACACUAUCGCCCCUCGUCUUACCAGACGUAGCUACUCUAUCCUGCCGAUGCACAGAAAACCCAGCCAGCUGUAUAUUAUCCAUGUCGUCGUUCAGCCACGACUCUGUGAAAUAUAAGAUAUUACAGUUUUUAAUGUCCCGUUGGUAGGAUAGUCUGGAUCGUAGAUCAUCGAGUUUGUUUUCCAGUGAUUGCAAUAGGACCGAUGGUAAUGGCAAUUUACUCACUUGCCUACGAACCCAAACAAGGCACCCCGACCUUCUCCCUCUGUAUUUUCAUAUUUUCUUCACGCCAAUGACGGGGAUUUGGACCUAUAUCCUUCGCGUGGGACUCAUUAAAUAAAAAAAUUCAUCCAAGUAUUUUGUGAGUAAUCGCUGUUCUGAUGUCCAGAAGCUCUUUUCGGUCAUAAGAGACGGUAGCAGCAACUUUAUGUACAAAAUAAGUGACAAACAAUGGGGACCGAUGGUAAAAACUAACAAAAUAGCACUGUUGGUUAGGAGCCCGUAAAACGGCAGCCAUCCCCUCCGGCGCCAUUAUUAACAAUCUAAGUGAAUAGCCUUAAUGACGAUUUGUGGUUGCAUGUAAAGACUCACAAAGCAUACAGUGGGGGAAAAAAGUAUUUAGUCAGCCACCAAUUGUGCAAGUUCUCCCACUUAAAAAGAUGAGAGAGGCCUGUAAUUUUCAUCAUAGGUACACGUCAACUAUGACAGACAAAAUGAGAUUUUUUUUCUCCAGAAAAUCACAUUGUAGGAUUUUUAAUGAAUUUAUUUGCAAAUUAUGGUGGAAAAUAAGUAUUUGGUCAAUAACAAAAGUUUCUCAAUACUUUGUUAUAUACCCUUUGUUGGCAAUGACACAGGUCAAACGUUUUCUGUAAGUCUUCACAAGGUUUUCACACACUGUUGCUGGUAUUUUGGCCCAUUCCUCCAUGCAGAUCUCCUCUAGAGCAGUGAUGUUUUGGGGCUGUUGCUGGGCAACACAGACUUUCAACUCCCUCCAAAGAUUUUCUAUGGGGUUGAGAUCUGGAGACUGGCUAGGCCACUCCAGGACCUUGAAAUGCUUCUUACGAAGCCACUCCUUCGUUGCCCGGGCGGUGUGUUUGGGAUCAUUGUCAUGCUGAAAGACCCAGCCACGUUUCAUCUUCAAUGCCCUUGCUGAUGGAAGGAGGUUUUCACUCAAAAUCUCACGAUACAUGGCCCCAUUCAUUCUUUCCUUUACACGGAUAAGUCGUCCUGGUCCCUUUGCAGAAAAAUAGCCCCAAAGCAUGAUGUUUCCACCCCCAUGCUUCACAGUAGGUAUGGUGUUCUUUGGAUGCAACUCAACAUUCUUUGUCCUCCAAACACGACGAGUUGAGUUUUUACCAAAAAGUUAUAUUUUGGUUUCAUCUGACCAUAUGACAUUCUCCCAAUCCUCUUCUGGAUCAUCCAAAUGCACUCUAGCAAUCUUCAGACGGGCCUGGACAUGUACUGGCUUAAGCAGGGGGACACGUCUGGCACUGCAGGAUUUGAGUCCCUGGCGGCGUAGUGUGUUACUGAUGGUAGGCUUUGUUACUUUGGUCCCAGCUCUCUGCAGGUCAUUCACUAGGUCCCCCCGUGUGGUUCUGGGAUUUUUGCUCACCGUUCUUGUGAUCAUUUUGACCCCACGGGGUGAGAUCUUGCGUGGAGCCCCAGAUCGAGGGAGAUUAUCAGUGGUCUUGUAUGUCUUCCAUUUCCUAAUAAUUGCUCCUACAGUUGAUUUCUUCAAACCAAGCUGCUUACCUAUUGCAGAUUCAGUCUUCCCAGCCUGGUGCAGGUCUACAAUUUUGUUUCUGGUGUCCUUUGACAGCUCUUUGGUCUUGGCCAUAGUGGAGUUUGGAGUGUGACUGUUUGAGGUUGUGGACAGGUGUCUUUUAUACUGAUAACAAGUUCAAACAGGUGCCAUUAAUACAGGUAACGAGUGGAGGAAAGAGGAGCCUCUUAAAGAAGAAGUUACAGGUCUGUGAGAGCCAGAAAUCUUGCUUGUUUGUAGGUGACCAAAUACUUAUUUUCCACCAUAAUUUGCAAAUAAAUUCAUAAAAAAUCCUACAAUGUGAUUUUCUGGAGAAAAAAAUUCUCAAUUUGUCUGUCAUAGUUGACGUGUACCUAUGAUGAAAAUUACAGGCCUCUCUCAUCUUUUUAAGUGGGAGAACUUGCACAAUUGGUGGCUGACUAAAUACUUUUUUCCCCCACUAUCUUAUGAGGCAUAAUGAAGCCUUGUAAUAAGGACUUCAGAUGCAUCACAUGUUGGGCCUAUAUCAAUCCAGUGACGAUAUACGUAGGCCCCUAACACAUUCGAAUGACAGUAUUAUGUAAGCCUGUGAUAGCGAUCACUACAAAUGAAGUGUUAUUGAUCUUUCUCUCCCUCAUCACAGUAGAACAUACAUUAAGUGGCAGCCAGUGGGAGGCUACUAGCCGACAGAGCCAUGGAGAGUUCUGCCAACUUUAAUAACGGACGACAUGUUUGUGCCUUUGAACAUUAAAUGGAUCAAUUCAUGACAAGUAUUUCGGAUUCUAAUUCUCUAACUCUGUAAAUAUAUGGCUCUGCUAGCCGUUAUGGCUUUGGGAUCGCCCAGCUUGACAGCAUUAGAAACAAUACGUGGGCUAAGUCCCAAUUCUCUACCAUUCUCCCGAAGUGUGCAAUUGGUGUAAGUACUCCAGCCAGUACUUACACCAAUUCCAUGCUUUUAAAUCAAUGACGGGAGUGUGCAAGUGCACAUUUCUGGAAAAGAGUGGAGAAUCAGGACGUAGCCAUAGUGACACAGGAGACGAGCAUUAGGCAAUGCACUCAGUCAGGACACUCAAACAUUCUGGGUCCCAUCUUUCUAUGCUGUCGCUCAACAAAAUGAAAUGCCUCUCCUCAUCUCUGCUCUCCUCUCUGCAGCUUAUUCGGCUGUGUAAUGGCUGCGAGUGUUUUCUGUCUGAGGAGAGGGUGACUGGCUAAUGAAGGGAGGGAUGGGUGAAUGGAUAGGUAGGUGAAUAGGUAGGUAGAGAUACUUGAUUCUAUUACAAUCAAGUAACACAUUUGGGAACAAAUGAUAUUUUAUAAAACUAGUUAGUUUAAGUUUAAUGCUGUUCCCCUUGAAAACUGCAGGAUACAGUGCCUUCGGAAAGUAUUCAGACACCUUGACUUUUUCCACAUUAUUUGACUUUUGUUACGUUACAGCCUUAUUCUAAAAUUGAUAAAAUUGUUUUUUCCCCUCAUCAAUCUACACACAAUACCCCAUAAUGUCAAAGCAAAAGACAGGUUUUUAGAAAUUUAAGCUAAUUUAAAAAAAGAAAAAAAAGAAAUCACAUUUACAUAAAUAUUCAGACCCUUCACUCAGUACUUUGUUGAAGCACCUUUGGCAGCGAUUACAGCAUUGAGUCUUCUUGGGUAUGAUGCUACAAGCUUGGCACACCUGUAUUUGGGGAGUUUCUACCAUUCUUCUCUGCAUUACCUCUCAAGCUCUGUCAGGUUGGAUGGGGAGCGUUGCUGCACAGCUAUUUUCAGGUCUCUCCAGAGAUGUUCGAUCCGGUUCAAGUCCGGGCUCUGGCUGGGCCACUCAAGGACAUUCAGAGACUUGUCCCGAAGCCACUCCUGCAUUGUCUUGGCUGUGUGCUUAGGGUCGAUGUCCUGUUGGAAGGUGAACCUUUGCAUCAGUCUGAGGUCCUGAGCACUCUGGAGCUGGUUUUCAUCAAGGAUCUCUCUGUACUUUGCUCCGUUCAUCUUUCCCUCGAUCCUGACUAGUCUCCCAGUCCCUGCAGCUGAAAAACAUCCCCACAGCAUGAUGCUGCCAUCACCAUGCUUCACUUUAGGGAUGGUGCCAGGUUCCUCUCCCAUUCAGGCCAAAGAGUUAAAUCUGCUUUUUACUGAGGAGUGGCUUCCGUCUGGCCACACUACCGUAAAGGCCUGAUUGGUGGAGGGCUGCAGAGAUGGUUGUGCUUCUGGAAGGUUCUCCCAUCUCCACAGAGGAACUCUGGAGCUCUGUCAGAGUGACCAUCGGGUACUUGGUCACCUCCCUGACCAAGGCCCUUCUCCCCCGAUUGCUCAGUUUGGCCGGGCGGCCAGUUCUAGGAAGAGUCUUGGUGGUUCAAAACUUCUUCCAUUUAAGAAUGAUGGAGGCCACUGUGUUCUUGAGGACUUUCAAUGCUGCAGACAGUUUGUGGUACCGUUCCCCAGAUCUGUGCCUCGACACAAUCCUGUCUCGGAGCCUUAUAUAGACAGGUGUGUGCCUUUCCAAAUCAUGUCCAAUCAAAUGAAUUUAUCACAGGUGUACUCCAUUCAAGUUGUAGAAACAUCUCAAGGAUGAUCAAUGGAAACAGGAUGCACCUGAGCUCAAUUUCGGGUCUCAUAGCAAAGGGUCUGAAUACUUAUGUAAAUAUGGUAUUUCUGUUUUUCAUGUUUAAUACAUUUGCCAAAAUUUCUAAAAAACAGUUUUUGCUUUGUCAUUAUGGUGUAUUAUGUGUAGAUUGCUGAGAAAAAAACAAAAAAAAAACAAUUUUAGAAUAAGGCUGUGACGUAACAAAGUGUGCAAAAAGUCAAAGGGUCUGAAUACUUUCCGAAGGCACUAUAAGGGAAUGAGUGUGUUAUGAAAGGAAUAUGAUAUGAGGGGUAGUGGCAGGCAGCCACGGUUCAGGUUCUGGAGGUUAUGAUGGCCCACUCCGUCUCUCUGAGUCUCAGCCACAUGAAAGUGUGUCUCAAAUGCGUCCCUAUAUAGUGUACUACUUUUGACCAGGGCCCAUAGGGUAUAGGGUGCCAUUUGGGACGCAGACAAAUACAGCAGGGAUGGAUGAACCCUCCACAAGGCGUCCUGCCAUCACUCCCUACAGCUCACUUUCUCUCUUCUUUUUUUUCUACACCCUUCCCCUCCUUCCCUUCUCAGUCUCUGCUUCCCUCUUUCACUCCUCCGCCCGCCCCACUUUUCAUCAUAUUCACCUCUCUUCCGAUGACGCAACUCCCUCCUCUCCCUCCAUCCUGCAUCCUCCAUCCUCUGUCCCCUACACUCCAUCCCUCCAAUGUAUCGCCUCACCCCCUCUCUCCUCCCUCCCUCCCCCAUCUGAGGCUGGUUCCUCUCAAGGUUUCUUCCUUUUAGGAAUUAACACAUUUUUCCUUGCCACUUGGCUGCUGCUUGUCGGGUUACUGUGAACCACUUUGUGUCAAAUGUUGUUGUAAAAAGGGCUAUACAAAUAAAAUAUGAUUGACUGAUCUCUCCCUCUCUCUUCCCUCCCUCCCUCCCUCUCUCCACUCCCAGGGCUACCUGUUCAUCUCGGUGCUGGUGAACAGCAACAGUGAGCUGAUCCGCCUCAUCAAUAACGCCAUCAAGAACGACCUGUCUAGCCGCAACCCCACCUUCAUGUGCCUGGCUCUGCACUGCAUCGCCAACGUGGGCAGCCGCGAGAUGGCCGAGGCCUUCGCUGGAGAGAUCCCACGCAUUCUGGUGGCCGGGUAAGAAUGGAGGGGAUGGAGAGAGAGGGAGGAGUAAUGAGGGAGAGGGGGGUAGAGGGAGAGAGCAAUCAGUCAGUCAAAUUGUAUUCUUAUAUUACUUUUUACAACAACAUUUGUCAGAGGGAGGGGUUGGGAAGAGAGGGAUGGAGGAAGGGAAGGGAGGGUGAGGAGACCGGAGAGGCAAAUGGAGGAAGGGGGAGGGGGACUGUGUACACGGAGAGGACAUGAUUUUCUUUGUAUUAAUAUGCUAUAACAGCAUGGUUAGACAAAAUCUGCGGUACAGACAAUAUCUUUCCAGGACCAGAGUUGUUGGAGACUGGUACUCCUUUAUAGCAUUGUAUUUGGGACAAAUCAUUCACUAAACCUGAACUAAAUCUUGUAAUAAAUAAUGUGGAAAUUGAGCAAGUUGAGGUGACUAAACUGCUUGGAGUAACCCUGGAUUGUAAACUGUCAUGGUCAAAACAUAUUGAUACAACAGUAGCUAAGAUGCUGCUCUACCUUCUUAACAGCACUAUCAACAAGGCAGGUCCUACAGGCUCUAGUUUUGUCGCACCUGGACUACUGUUCAGUCGUGUGGUCAGGUGCCACAAAGAGGGACUUAGGAAAAUUGCACACAUGAUAACAUACGCACUAUACACACACGUACACAUGGAUUUUGUGUUGUAGGUAUGUGGUAGUGGAGUAUGGGCCUGAGGGCACACACUUAGUGUGUUGUGAAUUCUGUAAGGAAUGUAUUGUAAUGUUUUUAAAAUUGUACAACUGCCUUAAUUUUGCCGGACCCCAGGAAGAGUAGCUGCUGCCUUGGCAGCAGCUAAUGGGGAUCCAUAAUAAAUACAAAUACUAAUAGUGAGCAUUGUGUUUACAUUUACAUUGUGUUGUUUGUGAUGCGAUUGCCAGGGACACCAUGGACAGUGUGAAGCAGUCUGCUGCCCUGUGUCUUCUGCGUCUGUACAAGGCCUCCCCAGACCUGGUUCUGAUGGGGGAGUGGACCUCCCGGGUGGUGCACCUCCUCAACGACCAGCACAUGGUGAGAGACAGGCCAUACAUGUCUGCUCCAGCCCAACACUAGCACACCUGGGGUUUAUUCACUAGGAAUCAAACCUGAAAACCGGGGAGCAACUAAACUGAACUUGUCUAAUUAGAAACAUUUGCUUUCGUUGCAAAGCGGUUUCCUACACUAAGGAAUACGCCCCUGAUUUAUCAGGUUGAAUCAGAUGUGCUAGUGCAUUUAUCUUCCAGGCCAAUAGGUGGCGCAAGCUGGCUCUGUUACAAUAUCUACACUAGUCUAGAAUGCUACUCUUAGUCUGUGUUUACACAGGCAGCCCAAUUCAGAUUUUUUCCCACAUUAAUUAGUCUUUUUACCAAUCACAUCAGAUAUUUUUCAGAGCUGAUCUGAUUGGUCAAAAGACCAAUUAGUGAAAAAAAAGGACAAAUCAAAUCAAAUGUUAUUGGUCACAUGCGCCGAAUACAACAGGUGCUUACUUACAGCCCUUAACCAACAGUGCAUUUAUUUUAAACAAAAAUAAAACAACAACAAAAAAAGUGUUGAGGAAAAAAAGUGCAGAAGUAAAAUAAAGUGACAGUAGGGAGGCUAUAUAUACAGGGGGGUACCGUUGCAGAGUCAAUGUGCGGGGGCACCGGCUAGUUGAGGUAGUUGAGGUAAUAUGUACAUGUGGGUAGAGUUAAAGUGACUAUGCAUAAAUACUUAACAGAGUAGCAGCAGCGUAAAAAGGAUGGGGUGGGGGGGCAGUGCAAAUAGUCCGGGUAGCCAUGAUUAGCUGUUCAGGAGUCUUAUGGCUUGGGGGUAGAAGCUGUUGAGAAGUCUUUUGGACCUAGACUUGGCACUCCGGUACCGCUUGCCGUGCGGUAGCAGAGAGAACAGUCUAUGACUAGGGUGGCUGGAGUCUUUGACAAUUUUGAGGGCCUUCCUCUGACACCGCCUGGUAUAGAGGUCCUGGAUGGCAGGAAGCUUUGCCCCAGUGAUGUACUGGGCCGUACGCACUACCCUCUGUAGUGCCUUGCGGUCGGAGGCCAAGCAGUUGCCAUACCAGGCGGUGAUGCAACCAGUCAGGAUGCUCUCGAUGGUGCAGCUGUAUAAUUUUUUGAGGAUCUGAGGACCCAUGCCAAAUCUUUUUAGUCUCCUGAGGGGGAAUAGGCUUUGUCGUGCCCUCUUCACGACUGUCUUGGUGUGUUUGGACCAUGAUAGUUCGUUGGUGAUGUGGACACCAAGGAACUUGAAGCUCUCAACCUGUUCCACUACAGCCCCGUCGAUGAGAAUGGGGGCGUGCUCAGUCCUCUUUUUUUUCCUGUAGUCCACAAUCAUCUCCUUUGUCUUGGUCACGUUGAGGGAGAGGUUGUUGUCCUGGCACCACACGGCCAGAUCUCUGACCUCCUCCCUAUAGGCUGUCUCAUCGUUGUCGGUGAUCAGGCCUACCACUGUUGUGUCGUCGGCAAACUUAAUGAUGGUGUUGGAGUCGUGCCUGGCCAUGCAGUCAUGGGUGAACAGAGAGUACAGGAGGGGACUGAGCACGCACCCCUGAGGGGCCCCCGUGUUGAGGAUCAGUGUGGCAGAUGUGUUGUUACCUACCCUUACCACCUGGGGGCGGCCCGUCAGGAAGUCCAGGAUCCAGUUGCAGAGGGAGGUGUUUAGUCCCAGGAUCCUUAGCUUAGUGAUGAGCUUAGAGGGCACUAUGGUGUUGAAUGCUGAGCUGUAGUCAAUGAAUAGCAUUCUCACGUAGGUGUUCCUCUUGUCCAGGUGGGAGAGGGCAGUGUGGAGUGCAAUAGAGAUUGCAUCAUCUGUGGAUCUGUUGGGGCGGUAACACACCCCCCAGAAUUGGGCUACCUGUCUAAAUGCAGCCAGAGUAACCUAACGUAGCAGGCAUAAAAUAAAUGCCUGAAAAUAGAUGCCUCAGAUACUGGUCUUGACAACAACAACAAAAAACUGUCAUGGGAGGUUAUCUUCUGCACUGUUCAAAAAUCUAAAUGUGGAGGAUGAGUUAAGAUGGAGUGUCGCCUUGUUAAUGUCCAAAAAGCGUAAGGCUCUCUCUUCCAUUUCCCCUGAAAAUGGUAUGCAUCCAGUUGCUGACAACACAGCCGAGGGUGCUAUCUUAGUAUGAAGGAAUGGAUAUGUAUUCUAAGUGGUACGCUGGUAUGGAUGUUGCAACAUAACUACCGACUUCAUUGAGACUGUAAGGUUGAAGUUUAUGCCGUUUAGGUGUUACUGUUGUUUCUGAUGAUGACCGUGUCUCUCUCUCGCAGGGUGUUGUCACGGCAGCCAUCUCCCUCAUCACCUGUCUCAGCUCGAAGAACCCAGAUGAGUUCAAAACCUGUGUGUCCCUGGCUGUGUCUCGUCUGAGCAGGGUGUGUGUGCGCAUGUGUGCAUGUAUACCUAUAAAAUCAUGUAUAUCAGUCCAGCGAUCCAUCCUCCCUUUGCCCCAAUGUCUCUAUCACCAGGAUUUCAACCAAUCUCUCUUUCUCCUCCUCCCUUUAUUCUUCUCCAGAUUGUGUCGUCAGCCUCCACUGACCUGCAGGACUACACCUACUACUUUGUCCCGGCCCCGUGGCUGUCCUGUAAACUGUUGCGCCUGCUGCAGUGCUACCCCCCGCCGGAGGAUGGUGCCGUGAAGGGCCGCCUGGUGGAGUGUCUGGAGACCAUCCUGAACAAGGCCCAGGAACCACCCAAGUCCAAAAAGGUGCAGCACUCCAACGCCAAGAACGCCAUCCUGUUCGAGGCCAUCUCGCUCAUUAUCCACUACGACAGGUGAGGGGGCUGUCUGUCUGUCAGUCUAGGCGUCUAUUUCUUCUUCUUCUCUCCUUCUUUCAGUAUCUCUUUCUCUGUAUAUUUUUCUUUCUCACAUAUACACUGAACAAAAAUAUUAACGCAACAUGCAACAAUUUCAAAGAUUUUACUGAGUUACAGUUCAUUAGGCCCUAAUCUAUGGAUUUCACAUGACUGGGAAUACAGAUAUGCAUCUUUUGGUCACAGAUACCUUAAAAAAAAGGUAAGGGCGUAGAUCAGAAAACCAGUCCGUAUCUGGUGUGACCACCAUUUGCCUCAUCUCCUUCGCAUAGAGUUGAUCAGGCUGUUGAUUGUGGCCUGUGGAAUGUUGUCCCACUCCUCUUCAAUGACUGUGCGAAGUUGUUGGAUAUUGGCGGGAACUGGAACAAGCUGUCGUACACGUCGAUCCAGAGCAUCCCAAACAUGCUCAAAGGGUGACAUGUCUGAGUAUGCAGGCCAUGGAAGAACUGGGACAUUUUCAGCUUCCAGGAAUUGUGUACAGAUCCUUGCGACAUGGGGCCGUGCAUUAUCAUGCUGAAACAUGAGGUGAUGGCAGCGGAUGAAUGGCACGACAAUGGGCCUCAGAUUCUUGUCAUGGUAUCUCUGUGUAUUCAAAUUGCCAUUGAUAAAAUGCAAUUGUGUUUGUUGUCGGUAGCUUAUGCCUGCCCAUACCAUAACCCCACCGCCACCAUGAGGCACUCUGAUCACAACAUUUACAUCAGCCCAUACGACGCCAUACACACUGUGCCAUCUGUUCGGUACAGUUGAAACCGGGAUUCAUCUGUGAAGAGCACACUUCUCCAGCAUGCUAGUGGCCAUCAAAGGGGAGCAUUUUCCCACUGAAGUUACGACGCCAAACUGCAGUCAGGUCAAGACCCUGGUGAGGACGACGAGCGAUGGGAAACUGUUGAGCGUGAAAAACCCAGCAGCAUUGCAGUUCUUGAAACAAACUGGUGCUCCUGGCACCUACUACCAUAUCCAGUUCAAAUGCACUUAAAUAUUUUGUCUUGCCCGUUCACCCUCUGAAUGGCACACAUACACAAUCCAUGUCUCAAGGCGUAAAAAUCCUUCUUUAACCUGUCUCCUCCCCUUCAUUUACACUGAUUCGAAGUGGAUUUAACAGGUGACAUCAAUAAGGGAUCAUAGCUUUCACCUGGAUUCACCUGAUCAGUCUAUGUCAUGGAAAGAGCUAAUGUUUUGUAUACUCAGUGUACACCUUAUAGAGUCCAUUCCCCCAACGAAUUGAGGCUGUUCUAAGGGCAAAAGGGGGUGCAACUCAAUAUUAGGAAGGUGUUCCUAAUGUUUUGUACACUCAGUGUCUAUAUACAGUGCUUUUAGAAAGGAUUCGCACCCCUUGACUUUUUCCACAUUUGUUGUUACAGCCUGAAUUUAAAAUUGAUUAAAUGUAGAUAUUGUAUCACUGGUCUACACACAAUACUCCAUAAUGUCAAAGUGGAAUUAUGUUUUUACACAUUUCUACAAAUUAAUAAAAAAUGAAAAGCUGAAAUGUCUUGAGUAAGUAAGUAUUCAACCUCUAAAUAAGUUCAGGAGUAAACGUUUCAAAAAUCAAAUCAAAUCAAAUCAAAUUUUAUUGGUCACAUGCGCUGAAUACAACAGGUGCAGACAUUACAGUGAAAUGCUUACUUACAGCCCUUAACCAACAGUGCAUUUAUUUUAAACAAAAAAGUAAGAAUAAAACAACAACAAAAAAGUGUUGAGAAAAAAAGAGCAGAAGUAAAAUAAAGUGACAGUAGGGAGGCUAUAUAUACAGUAAAAUAAAGUGACAGUAGGGAGGCUAUAUAUACAGGGGGGUACCGUUGCAUAGUCAAUGUGCGGGGGCACCGGCUAGUUGAGGUAGUUGAGGUAAUAUGUACAUGUGGGUAGAGUUAAAGUGACUAUGCAUAAAUACUUAACAGAGUAGCAGCAGCGUAAAAAGGAUGGGGUGGGGGGGCAGUGCAAAUAGUCCGGGUAGCCACGAUUAGCUGUUCAGGAGUCUUAUGGCUUGGGGGUAGAAGCUGUUGAGAAGUCUUUUGGACCUAGACUUGGCACUCCGGUACCGCUUGCCGUGCGGUAGCAGAGAGAACAGUCUAUGACUAGGGUGGCUGGAGUCUUUGACAAUUUUGAGGGCCUUCCUCUGACACCGCCUGGUAUAGAGGUCCUGGAUGGCAGGGAGCUUUGCCCCAGUGAUGUACUGGGCCAUACGCACUACCCUCUGUAGUGCCUUGCGGUCAGAGGCCAAGCAGUUGCCAUACCAGGCGGUGAUGCAACCAGUCAGGAUGCUCUCGAUGGUGCAGCUGUAGAAUUUUUUGAGGAUCUGAGGACCCAUGCCAAAUCUUUUUAGUCUCCUGAGGGGGAAUAGGCUUUGUCGUGCCCUCUUCACGACUGUCUUGGUGUGUUUGGACCAUGAUAGUUCGUUGGUGAUGUGGACACCAAGGAACUUGAAGCUCUCAACCUGUUCCACUACAGCCCCGUCGAUGAGAAUGGGGGCGUGCUCAGUCCUCUUUUUUUUCCUGUAGUCCACAAUCAUCUCCUUUGUCUUGGUCACGUUGAGGGAGAGGUUGUUGUCCUGGCACCACACGGCCAGAUCUCUGACCUCCUCCCUAUAGGCUGUCUCAUCGUUGUCGGUGAUCAGGCCUACCACUGUUGUGUCGUCGGCAAACUUAAUGAUGGUGUUGGAGUCGUGCCUGGCCAUGCAGUCAUGGGUGAACAGAGAGUACAGGAGGGGACUGAGCACGCACCCCUGAGGGGCCCCCGUGUUGAGGAUCAGUGUGGCAGAUGUGUUGUUACCUACCCUUACCACCUGGGGGCGGCCCGUCAGGAAGUCCAGGAUCCAGUUGCAGAGGGAGGUGUUUAGUCCCAUGAUCCUUAGCUUAGUGAUGAGCUUAGAGGGCACUAUGGUGUUGAAUGCUGAGCUGUAGUCAAUGAAUAGCAUUCUCACGUAGGUGUUCCUCUUGUCCAGGUGGGAAAGGGCAGUGUGGAGUGCGAUAGAGAUUGCAUCAUCUGUGGAUCUGUUGGGGCGGUAUGCAAAUUGGAGUGGGUCUAGGGUUUCUGGGAUUAUGCUGUUGAUGUGAGCCAUGACCAGUCUUUCAAAGCACUUCAUGGCUACAGACGUCAGUGCUACGGGUCGGUAGUCAUUUAGGCAGGUUAUCUUAGAGUUCUUGGGCACGGGGACUAUGGUGGUCUGCUUGAAACAUGUUGGUAUUACAGACUCAGUCAGGGACAUGUUGAAAAUGUCAGUGAAGACACUUGCCAGUUGGUCAGCACAUGCUCGGAGUACACGUCCUGGUAAUCCGUCUGGCCCUGCGGCCUUGUGAAUGUUGACCUGCUUAAAAGUCUUACUCACAUCGGCUACGGAGAGCGUGAUCACAUAGUCGUCCGGAACAGCUGGUGCUCUCAUGCAUGCUUCAGUGUUGCUUGCCUCGAAGCGAGCAUAGAAGUGGUUUAGCUCGUCUGGUAGGCUUGUGUCACUGGGCAGCUCGCGGCUGUGCUUCCCUUUGUAGUCUGUAAUAGUUUUCAAGCCCUGCCACAUCCGACGAGCGUCAGAGCCAGUGUAGUAUGAUUCAAUCUUAGACCUGUAUUGACUCUUUGCCUGUUUGAUGGUUCGUCGGAGGUCAUAGCGGGAUUUCUUAUAAGCGUCCGGGUUAGAGUCCCGUUCCUUGAAAGCGGCAGCUCUACCCUUUAGCUCAGUGCGGAUGUUUCCUAUAAUCCAUGGCUUCUGGUUGGGGUAUGUACGUACGGUCACUGUGGGGACGACAUCAUCGAUGCACUUAUUGAUGAAGCCAGUGACUGAUGUGGUGUACUCCUCAAUGCUGUCUGAAGAAUCCCGGAACAUGUUCCAGUCUGUGCUAGCAAAACAGUCCUGUAGCUUAGCAUCUGCGUCAUCUGACCACUUUUUUAUUAGCCGAAUCACUGGUGCUUCCUGCUUCAGUUUUUGCUUAUAAGCAGGAAUCAGGAGGAUAGAGUUAUGGUCAGAUUUGCCAAAUGGAGGGCGAGGGAGAGCUUUGUAUGCGUCUCUGUGUGUGGAGUAAAGGUGGUCUAGAGUUUUUUCCCCUCUGGUUGCACAUUUAACAUGCUGGUAGAAAUGAGGUAGAACGGAUUUAAGUUUCCCUGCAUUAAAGUCCCCGGCUACUAGGAGCGCUGCAUCUGGAUGAGCGUUUUCCUGUUGAUUAAUGGCCUUGUACAACUCAUUCAGUGCAAUCUUAAUACCAGCAUUGGUUUGUGGUGGUAAAUAGACAGCUAUGAAAAAUAUAGAUGAAAACUCUCUUGGUAAAUAGUGUGGUCUACAGCUUAUCAUAAGAUACUCUACCUCAGGCGAGCAAAACCUCGAGACUUCCUUAGUAUUUGAUUGUGUGCACCAGCUGUUGUUUACAAAUAUACACAGACCGCCGCCCCUUGUCUUACCAGAGUCUGCCGUUCUGUCCUGUCGAUGUAGCGUAUAGCCUGCUAGCUGAAUGUUAUCAUUGUUGUCGUUCAGCCACGACUCCGUUUGCUUAACAAGUCACGUAAUAAGUUGCAUGGACUCACUCUGUGUGCAAUACGUGUUUAACAUUAUAUAUAUAUAUUUUCUUUUUCGCCCCAAUUUCGUGAUAUCCAAUUGGUAGUUACAGUCUUGUCCCAUCUCUGCAACUCCCGUACGGACUCGGGAGAGGCGAAGGUCGAGAGCCAUGCGUCCUCCGAAACACGACCCUGCCAAGCCGCACUGCUUCUUGACACACUGCUCGCUUAACCCAGAAGCCAGCCUCACCAAUGUGUCAGAGGAAACACCGUACAACUGCUGACCAUGUCAGCGUGCAUGCGCCCGGCCCGCCACAAGAGUUGCUAGAGCGCGAUGGGACAAGGACAUCUCGGCCGGCCAAACCCUCCCCUAACCCGGACGAUGCUGGGCCAAUUGUGCACCGCCUCAUGGGUCUCCCGGUCGCGGCCAGCUGUGACACAGCCCGGGAUCGAACCCGGAUCUAGUGACGCCUCAACCACCGCAAUGCAGUGCCUUAGACCGCUGCGCCACUCGGGAGGCCCUUAACAUGAUUUUUUAAUGACUACGUUAUCUCUGUACUCCACACAUACAAUUAUCUGUAAGAUCCCUCAGUCGAGCAGUGAAUUUCAAACACAGAUUCAACCACAAAGACCAGGGAGGCUUUCCAAUGCCUUGCAAAAAAAGGGCACCUAUUGGGAGAUGGGUAAUAAUUUUAAAAAGCAGACAUUGAAUAUCCCUUUGAGCAUGGUGAAGUUAUUAAUUACACUUUGGAUGGUGUAUCAAUGCACCCCGUCACUACAAAGAUAUAGGCUUCCUACUAACUCAGUUGCCGGAGAGGAAGGAAACCGCUCAGGGAUUUCACCAUGAGGCCAAUGGUGACUUUAAAACAGUUUCUGAGUUUAAUGGCUGUGAUAGGAGAAAACUGAGGAUAGUUACUCCACAAUAUUAACCUAAUUGACAGAGUGAAAGGAAGGAAGCCUUUACAGAAUAAAAAUAUUCAAAAACAUGCAUCCUUUUUGCAAUAAGGCACUAAAGUAAAACUGUAAAAAAUGUAGCAAAGAAAUUAACUUUAUAUCCUGAAUACAAAGCGUUAUGUUUGGAGCAAAUCCAACACAACACAUUACUGAGUACCGCUCUUCAUAUUUUCAAGAAUGUUGGUGGCUGCAUCCUGUUAUGGGUAUGCUUGUCAUCUGUAAGGACUAGGAGAUUUUGGGGGGAUAAAAAUAAACGGAAUAGAGAUUAGCACAGGCAAAAUCCUAGAGGAAAACCUGGUUCAGUCUGCUUUCCAACAGACACUGGGAGACAAAUUCACCUUUCAGCAGGACAAUAAAACUCAAGGCCAAAUCUACACUGGAGUUGCUUACCAAGACGACAUUGAAUGUUCCUGAGUGGCCUAGUUACAGUUUUGCCUUAAAUCGGCUUGAAAAUCUAUGGCAAGACUUGAAAAUGGCUGUCUAGCAAUGAUCAACAACCAACUUGACAGAGCUUGAAGAAUUUAAAAUGAAUAAUGUGCAAAUAUUGUAAUAAUAAUAAUAAUAAUAUGCCAUUUAGUAGACCCUUUUAUCCAAAGCGACUUACAGUCAUGUGUGCAUACAUUUAUACGUAUGGGUGGUCCCGGGGAUCGAACCCACUACCCUGGCGUUACAAGCGCCAUGCUCUACCAAUUGAGCUACAGAGGACCACCAGGUGUCCAGGUGUGCAAAGCUCUUAGAGACUUAGCCAGAAAGACUCACAGCUGCAAUCGAUGCCAAAGGUGAUUCUAACAUGUAUUGAAUACUAUAUUGAAUACUUUAUUGAAUACUGUAUUUCAUUUUCAAUAAAUUUGCUAACAUUUCUAAAAACAUGUUUUCACUUUGUCAUUAUGGGGUAUUGUGUGUAGAUGGGUGAGAGAAAUCUAUUUUAUCAAUUUUGAAUUCAGCCUGUAACACAACAAAAUGUGGAAUAAGUCAAGGGGUAUGUAUUAUUUUUUACGCACACACACACAGUAUAUUCCUCUUUCUACUCUCUCCCUCUCUCUGUGUAUCUCUCUCUCUGUCUCUCUUUCUCAUCCUAAACCUAAAGAAUGGCAAUUAUGGUGUGGUGUGGCUCACUCUAUCCCUCCACCUACCUCCCCCUCUCCAGUGAGCCCAACCUGCUGGUGCGUGCUUGUAACCAGCUGGGUCAGUUUCUGCAGCACAGAGAGACCAACCUGCGCUACCUGGCUCUGGAGAGCAUGUGUACCCUGGCCAGCUCGGAGUUCUCCCAUGAGGCCGUCAAGACCCACAUUGAGACCGUCAUCAACGCACUCAAGGUCUGUCUCUGUCAAACACACGCUACACACACACUCACCCUGCUCAGACGGGACACUGCUUUUUUGAUUAACAUUUUUGUUUUAUGCACUUUGAUGGAUUUUGUAACAUUUUAUACCUUAUCUUUUUCUCUCCAGACUGAGAGGGAUGUGAGUGUUCGCCAGAGGGCUGCUGACCUGCUCUACGCCAUGUGUGACCGUAGCAACGCCAAGCAGAUCGUUGCCGAGAUGCUCAGCUACCUGGAGACAGCCGACUACUCCAUCAGAGAGGAGAUGGUACGCGUCUGCGUGUGUGUAUAUUGUAUGUUUUCCCCCUCUGAAUGCCUCUGGGUGUAUGCCUGCAUGUGUGUCUUUGCGUUUGUGUCUGUGUCAAAGAGUGUGUAACCCAGCGGUUACCAAACUAGGGGUCGCCUGAUAUGAAAAUGGUGUCGCGGGAGAAUUUCCAAAAUCUUGAAAAGAAAUUGAACAGAAUUACAUUAAAAAUAUAUAUAUAUACAGUGGGGAAAAAAAGUAUUUAGUCAGCCACCAAUUGUGCAAGUUCUCCCACUUAAAAAGAUGAGAGAGGCCUGUAAUUUUAAACAUAGGUACACGUCAACUAUGACAGACAAAUUGAGAAAAAAAUAUCCUGAAAAUCACAUUGUAGGAUUUUUUAUGAAUUUAUUUGCAAAUUAUGGUGGAAAAUAAGUAUUUGGUCACCUACAAACAAGCAAGAUUUCUGGCUCUCACAGACCUGUAACUUCUUCUUUAAGAGGCUCCUCUGUCCUCCACUCGUUACCUGUAUUAAUGGCACCUGUUUGAACUUGUUAUCAGUAUAAAAGACACCUGUCCACAACCUCAAACAGUCACACUCCAAACUCCACUAUGGCCAAGACCAAAGAGCUGUCAAAGGACACCAGAAACAAAAUUGUAGACCUGCACCAGGCUGGGAAGACUGCAUCUGCAAUAGGUAAGCAGCUAGGUUUGAAGAAAUCAACUGUGGGAGCAAUUAUUAGGAAAUGGAAGACAUACAAGACCACUGAUAAUCUCCCUCGAUCUGGGGCUCCACGCAAGAUCUCACCCCGUGGGGUCAAAAUGAUCACAAGAACGGUGAGCAAAAAUCCCAGAACCACACGGGGGGACCUAGUGAAUGACCUGCAGAGAGCUGGGACAAAAGUAACAAAGCCUACCAUCAGUAACACACUACGCCGCCAGGGACUCAAAUCCUGCAGUGGCAGACGUGUCCCCCUGCUUAAGCCAGUACAUGUCCAGGCCCGUCUGAAGUUUGCUAGAGUGCAUUUGGAUGAUCCAGAAGAGGAUUGGGAGAAUGUCAUAUGGUCAGAUGACCAAAAUAGAACUUUUUGGUAAAAACUCAACUUGUCGUGUUUGGAGGACAAAGAAUGCUGAGUUGCAUCCAAAGAACACCAUACCUACUGUGAAGCAUGGGGGUGGAAACAUCAUGCUUUGGGGCUGUUUUUCUGCAAAGGGACCAGGACGACUGAUCCGUGUAAAGGAAAGAAUGAAUGGGGCCAUGUAUCGUGAGAUUUUGAGUGAAAACCUCCUUCCAUCAGCAAGGGCAUUGAAUAUGAAACGUGGCUGGGUCUUUCAGCAUGACAAUGAUCCCAAACACACCGCCCGGGCAACGAAGGAGUGGCUUCGUAAGAAGCAUUUCAAGGUCCUGGAGUGGCCUAGCCAGUCUCCAGAUCUCAACCCCAUAGAAAAUCUUUGGAGGGAGUUGAAAGUCUGUAUUGCCCAGCGACAGCCCCAAAACAUUACUGCUCUAGAGGAGAUCUGCAUGGAGGAAAGGGCCAAAAUACCAGCAACAGUGUGUGAAAACCUUGUGAAGACUUACAGAAAACGUUUGACCUGUGUCAUUCCCAACAAAGGGUAUAUAACAAAGUAUUGAGAAACUUUUGUUAUUGACCAAAUACUUAUUUUCCACCAUAAUUUGCAAAUAAAUUCAUAAAAAAUACUACAAUGUGAUUUUCUGGAUUAUUUUUUCUCAUUUUGUCUGUCAUAGUUGACGUGUACCUAUGAUGAAAAUCACAGGCCUCUCUCAUCUUUUUAAGUGGGAGAACUUGCACAAUUGGUGGCUGACUAAAUACUUUUUUCCCCCACUGUAUAUUGUAUCGUCUUUGUAUCUCAAAAUCAUUGUAAUGUGGUUAACCUUACAAAUCUAAAUGAACAUUUUUUGAAUCUAAAAGAUUAAACUAGAGAGCGACCUUAGAUCAUGGGAAAAGGCAGCACUUGACCGUUGCACUUCAAUCAUUUCCACUGUGAAUGGCUAGGCACGCUACGUUAUAAAACCACACACUAUUGCAGAGACUGACAUACCGGCCGCAAUUGAUAUAGUAAAAACAGUGUGUGGGGAGGCACAGAAACUCACAUCAAUACCUUUGUCAGAUAACACUGUUAAAUGAAGAAUGUAUGCUAUUGCUAGCAAUCAAGUGGAAACUCUGACUGAACGACUCAAACUCCCCAGUUUAUGCUCUCCAAAUGGACUUUAGCUGUGAGGGCUGAGAUGCCCAUGCAUUGACCUUUGUUCGCUAUACAUGUUGUGGGAUGCUAUUCACAAGGACAUCUUUUUCUGUCUCACACUUCCCAAGCAUGAAACGGCACAGGGGAUGUUCAGUGUGCUGUGUGGCUAUAUUGACAAAAAACAGAUUCCAUAUGGUAUCGAAUGGUGGGCUUUUGCACAGAUGGGGCUCCAUCUAUCAGGGAACAGCGGGCAGGCCUCUGCACUCUAGUUAUGAAUGUGUCUCCCUCUGCCAUAUGGACACAUUGUAUGAUACACAGAGAGCAGCUGGUGGCAAAAGAGCUGAGCACAGAACUCUGAAAUAUACUGCAGCAGGUAACUUCGAUUUGUAAACUACAUCAAACCACAUCCAAUGCACGCACGCCUGUUCGCAAAACUAUGUGGAGAUAUGUGAUCAGAGCAUGACAAUGUUCUAUUUCACACCGAGGCUUGGUGGUUAUCGAGGGGGAGUGUUGGAGAUAAUUUUUUAAGAGAGGAAUUGUUGUCAUUCACAAUGGAUGUAAAAAAGAGACAGACUUGGUUGACUUUCUGUGUAAUGAAAAUAAAAUAACAGAAAACAGCAUCAGUAAGUGUCUCACACAAGUGCUGACUGCUUACCUCCAAUGCUUGGAAGAGCACUUUGAGACGGACCUACAUCCCAAUCCGUUUGACUGUGAUCCUGGCUCAGUUGGUUAGUGAAAUUGAACAGCUGAUCGAGCUGUCAUGUGCUGCAGACAACACAUUCACGGGUCACUACGGAGGGGUUUUGGUUCCUGACUCAAAGGGAAUACCCUGCGGUCUCCCUCUAAGCAUUAAUGCCGCGUUCAAAACAACUGGGAACUCGGAAAUCUCACACUUCCGACUUCUGUGCGUUCAAGACAACUGGGAAUUCGAAAAGAAAUCAGCACUGACUGGGAAAAAAUUGUUUUGAACUGUCAUCCAACUCGGGAAUUCGGGACUCUUUCUAGAGCUCUGACUUUCCGACUUAAAGAUCACUGACAUCGUGAUCCGAGUUCCCAGUUGUCUUGAAAGCACCAUAAAACUCAUGGUAGGCUACCAUUUGCCAGCUCAUAUCUGUGUGAAGCUGGAUUCCGUGCUCUCGUCUGCAUUAAAACCAAAUAUCGAUCCAGGUUGGAUGUGACAGCAGAGAUGAGGUGCGCACUGUCGAUCACGCCCCUUGACUUUGAGAAGCUCCGACGUGACAUGCAACAAGCACAUCCAUCUCAUUAGUGGUGGUGAGAUAAGAUACAUUUUGUCAGACUAAUUUGCAAUAGACUGCUCCACAUUAAAAGUAUGUGUUGGUGAGUUGAGAAGACAAUCAGAAAUACUGUUAGAAUGUUUUUCAAUUGACUGCCAUAGCCCCAAAUAAAAAAGUAAACAUGGCUGUUAUUUAGUUUUUUUUAUCGCAUGGGUGUGGUCGCAAGAAUUUUCAGAUAUCAAAAUAGGGUCGUGGGCCAAAAAAGUUUGGGAACCCCUGGUGUUAACUCUCUGCUCCCUCUCUCCCAGGUGUUGAAGGUGGCCAUCCUGGCAGAGAAGUAUGCGGUGGACUACUCAUGGUAUGUGGACACCAUCCUUAACCUCAUCCGCAUUGCUGGGGACUACGUGAGCGAGGAGGUGUGGUACCGCGUCAUCCAGAUUGUCAUCAACCGCGACGACGUGCAGGGCUACGCCGCCAAGACUGUCUUUGAGGUAGGGGUUCCCCAAGCCGGAAACGUCUGGAUCCAAUGGUGCUCUUUUUGUCUCAGCUUGGAAAUUCCUCAAUCAUAUUCCCUGGUUGAGUACAUUAGGGUGAAAACGUUUUUAAAACUAUUGCAAAGGGAAUCAAAAACCUGUGUUUUUUUAUAAAGUCCUCCCUGUUUGAGUAAUUUGUUUCUGUUUGGUGCCUAAUGAACACGUCCCUGAAGACCCAUAGCAUUUGGCUAUCAUAAAAUCUGUUCAAAUAACUUAUGUUUUUAACUGUCCCCCUCCGCCCCCUCUCCAGGCGCUGCAGGCCCCAGCCUGUCAUGAGAACAUGGUGAAGGUGGGGGGGUACAUCCUGGGAGAGUUUGGAAACCUCAUCGCCGGGGACCCCCGCUCCAGGUGAGUGGUGGCCUCUCCCACACCAGUGACAUCAUCAACCUGAGACGCACACAAAUAUGCGGCUCCUUGUUUUCGGAUGUAUUAAUCAGGUUUUUCCUCCCCCUCUUUCUCUCUUUUCUUUUUAUGGUUCUACCUUUUUGUCAUCCUUCUCUCCAUCUUCUUCUCCAUUCACAUCCUCUCUCCUCUCUUCCCGCUAUUAUUUUAUCUCCAUACCGCUCCUCUUUCUCUCUCUCUAUUCUCUCUCAUCUCUCACUCUCACUCUCCUCCCUCUCUCUCCUCUUUCUCAUCCCUGUCUCCAGCCCUCUGGUCCAGUUCAACCUGCUCCACUCUAAGUUCCACCUGUGUUCGGUGCCCACACGUGCCCUGCUGCUCUCCGCCUACAUCAAGUUCAUCAACCUGUUCCCAGAGACCAAGGCCACCAUCCAGGAGGUGCUUCGCUCCGACAGCCAGAUCAGGAACUCUGACGUGGAGCUGCAGCAGAGGGCCGUGGAGUACCUCAAGCUCUCCUCCAUCGCCAGCACCGAUGUCCUGGUGAGGACUUGGGUUUUUGAUCUGUAAAAAAAAAUACAUAUAUUUGUAGGUGUUCUGACACUUUAUUGAGACUGGUUGGAAGGGUGGGCACAGGGAUCGAACCCUGGUCUCCAGUGGAGAGUCGUAUAUGUGACUGUGCCACGGGGUGUUACCACUACACACACAGCUCUUACCUGGCUACCCUUCCACAUCGCUCUGACCAACUGACGUUUCUUUUCCACAAUGAAUCUGGAUUUGCCCCUCUCCCCAACAAUUUCUAGAAUGUGAACCCAUUUUUACCGUUCUGAUUGGUCCCAGAAACUGAUGGGUUGGGCCAGAGCCGGUCUACAAGAUGACGUUAUCAACUUUGAUAAUCUGAUUGGUUAGAUUUCUUAGACUAUCCAAUCGCUGAUGAAUUUGUUUUGUACAACGCCCCUCAUUUUAAAGCCAUACAAACGACUUCUACGGUAGCAGUUUCAGACUCUCUGUGGCGAACAACAGAGCAGAGGAAGAAUUUAGUGUGAGGCGUCAGGCUACCACAGCUCUGCACUUGUUUUUGUUAUUUUACUGAUCUUUCAUUGCCUCUUGUUUUCUUUCUUUUCUUCUUUUUUUUACUGCAAAGUAUGUUGCCAUUUUAAAUGCACUUACAGUGCCUUCGUAAAGUAUUCAUACCCCUUCACUUAUUCCACAUUUUGUUGUUACAGCCUGAAUUAAAUAAUAAUCUCACCCAUUUACACACAAUACCCCAUAAUGACAAAGUAAAAACAUGUUUUUAGAAAUCUUUGCAAAUGUAUUGAAAAUGAAAUACAGAAAUAUCUCAUUUACAUAAGUAUUCACACCCCUGAGUCAAUACAUGUUAGAAUCACCUUUGGCAGCGAUUACAGCUGUGAGCCUUUCUGGGUAUGUCUCUAAGAUAUUUGCACUCCUGGAUUGUACAAUAUUUGCCCAUUAUUCUUUUCAAAAUUCUUCAAGCUCUGUCAAAUUGGUUGUUGAUCAUUGCUAGACAGCCAUUUUAAAGUAUUGUCAUAGAUUUUCAAGCCGAUUUAAGUCAAAACUGUAACUCAGCCACUCAGGAACAUUCACUGUCUUCUUGAUAAGCAACUCUAGAGUAGAUUUGGCCUUGUGUUUUAAGUUAUUGUCCUGCUGAAAGGUGAAUUCAUCUCCCCCAGUGUCUGGUGGAAAUCAGACUGAAACAAGUUUUUCUCUUGAAUUUUGCCUGUGCUUAGCUCCAUUCCAUUAUUUUUAUCCUGAAAAACUCUGCAGUCCUUAACGAUUACAAGCAUACCCAUAACAUGAUGCAGCCACCACUAUGCUUGAAAAUAUGGAGAGUGGAACUCAGUAAUGUGUUGUAUUGGAUUUGCCCCAAACAUAACACUUUGUAUUCAGUAUAAAAAGUGCAUUUUUUGCAGUAUUAUUUUAGUGCCUUGUUGCAAACAGAAUGCAUGUAUUUAAUGUCUGCUUUUUAUUUUUUACCCAUCUACCAAUAGCUGCCCUUCUUUGCGAGGAAUUGGAAAACCUCCCUGGUCUUUGUGGUUGAAUUUGUGUUUGAAAUUCACUGCUUGACAGAGGGACCUUACAGAUAAUUGCAUGUGUGGGGUACAGAGAUGAGGUAGUCAUUCAAAAAUCAUGUUAAACACAAUUAUUGUCCAUGCAACAUAUUAUGUGACUUGUUAAGCACAUUUUUACUCCUGAACUUAUUUAGGCUUGCCAUAACAAAGGGUAUGAAUACUUGACUCAAGAUAUUUCAGCUUUUCACUUCUAAUACAUUUUUUAAAAAUGUUGCUGUAACACAACAAAAUGUGGAAAAAGUCAAGGGUUAUGAAUACUUUUCUGAAGGCACUGUAGAAUACAUUUUGAUUUGAUUGCAGGCCACAGAGCAGCAACAACAUAACCUUGCAGUGUUCAGCUGCGGUUCAGUGUUUCAAAUGUGAACCUAAACCAUUGUCAUGGACGUUGCUAUACGGUCACAGGCCUGACAGGAUUUGUAAAUAGUCAUAACUGUAACCCCAGUGACUGGUUUAGUCACAUUGCCAUAACAGUAACCACAUAACAACAGCUACCAUGAGCCUUGUUUAUUGACUUGCCUGGUCAAAGAAUGGUGUCUUUCUGGCUCUCCUUCCCCCUCUCUCUCCCUUUCUCUCCCUCCUUCCCCUCUUCCUCUCCCUCCUUCCGCCUCUUCAGGCCACUGUGCUGGAGGAGAUGCCUCCCUUCCCAGAGAGGGAGUCGUCCAUCUUGGCCAAGCUGAAGAAGAAGAAGGGUCCAGGUGCUGUGUCGGUAGAGCUGGAGGACGGCAAGGAGAGAGGAGAGCUCAAUGGUGGAGGGGACAGGGGGGGCGACGCUGCCAUCGCAGCCUCUAACGCUGUGAGCAUCCAAUUCAAUAUACUGUAUCUGCAUACCAAAUGGCACCUAUUACCUACAAAAGAAGUGCAUUAACCCCCAGAGUCGAUGUCCGCACACCUGUGGAAAUCGAAUUAGCAUAAACAAAUGUUUUUGCAUGGGGUGUGUCUCAAUCCAUUGCAUCCGUCAAUGGCGGCCUUCUGCAGUCAAAGGUGGCCAAGUUACUGCGGUGUUUGUCAGACCAUGAGACAUCCAGAAAAUCGGUCUUCUCACGAAAACCUCUGUAGCGUCUGAACCACUCUAUGGAAAGAUGAGACUCAAGAACACGAUGGUGUUCUCCGUUUUGCUCUGAUGUCGGUAUUGCCGAUCUGCCAACUUCUGUCUGUAGUGCCCAAACAGUUUGGGACUGCACACUAAUAUGAGACUCUCACGAACACAUACAUGUUGGUUGUUUUGCUCUAGGAUGCCCACAAGCCUCACAAGACUCGUCUGAAGGUAGCCCGUUACCAGUUUAAAAAAUGAAUGGAAGUAAAUAUGGAAGUAGUUUAGUGGCAAAAUAAAUUGGUUAAAUAAUUUCCUGAUCUUUCUUAUACACUAUUUAUACAAAAGUAAUACAGUAAUGGUUUGUCGAGAUCGUUGUGGAAGAACUUGACUGGCCUGCACAGAGCCCUGAGCUCAACCCCAUCGAACACCUUUGAGAUGAAUUGGAACACCGACUGCGAGCCAGGCCUAAUCGCCCAACAUCAGUGCCCGACCUCACUAAGUCCUCGCAGCAAUGUUCCAACAUCUAGUGGAAAGCCUUCCCAGAAGAGUGGAGGCUGUUAUAGCAGCAAAGGGGGGGGGCCAACUCCAUAUUAAUGCCCAUGAUUUUGGAAUGAGAUAUUCGACAAGCAGGUGUCCACAUACUUUUGGUCGCGUAGUGUAUCUCUCAGAUAUAGGACAGACAUUUUAAAACAAACUUCCUUUUGAUAUCUUUUUUUUUCCAUGUAUGAAUCUGUUAUUCAAUGCGUUUCUAUGGGCUAAUAGCAGUAAGGCCAAAUUCAAUGUUUUUUUUUUUUUAUGUAUACCUAAAGGGGACCUAAAAUUCAAAAUCCAAUAGCUAAAUGAUCCUUGGUAUGACCAUCUUAAUAGAUAGCUUAGUAGACCCUCCCGCCCUUGUCAUCUUUGUUGUUCUACGAAGGGGAAAUUAGUUUGUAACAAUUUCAAGACACAGCACAAUGACAUAAAUCACUUGUAUUCGAAAACCGGUGGCAGUUGAAAGAGAUGGUGAACGCUUUGGAAAAAACACAAUCACUGUCUGUGUAUUGGAUUUAGUUUAAUAUUCUCAAAACGCUGCUAUUAUUAUACAAUUGUUUUCUCUCUCGCUCCCUCUGUUCUCUCUCUCUCUGUUCUCUCCCACCCUCUGUUCUCUGUCCAUCUUUCUCUGUCUUCCAGUCCACCCCCUCCCCUUCAGCGGAUCUGCUUGGCCUUCGUUCGGCCGCUCCCGUUAGUGGGGCCGCUCCCAGUGCAGGCAGCCUAUUGGUUGAUGUGUUUUCAGAGGCGGGGCCUGCUGCCUCCUCUGCCGGUGUGAACGACGACGGCUUCCUGAGGUGAAUGUUCACCCUGUGACUAGAAGACUCCCAUAGACACAGAUCUGGGAUCAGCCUAAAUUACCCCCCCCCCCCCCCCGCCCUCCAAGCCUACCCUUAGAAAUUCAAAACUGACCUAAGAUCAGUGUCUAGUAGCAACUUGAUGUUGUUUGUGGUGUGGUUGUUGUGUCUUAGUUGUCCAGAUGCACUGUGGUAGAAUAUGAAGCUAGCUCUUGAAAAUUAGCGUUGUUGUUUUAAUUCUUAUGACGCUUGCUGUCUGUGAUAUGUGCUGGUCAUCUGUUUUUCUAUCAGUCAGUCUUCUUGUUUCCUCUGCGUCUUCUAUGUGUAAUCUUGUCUGUUCUCUUUUUAUCUUGCUGUCUAUGUGACUGUCUUUCUCUUUUCUUACUUUCUCUCCUUCCCCUUUUCUAUUUCCCUUUCUCUGUGUUUUUGGUGUGUGUGUGUGCGUGCUUGUCUGGCAAUGUGCGUGCUUGUGUGUCUCUUGUCCUUGAUUGUGAUUGGACAUUGGCAGCGCUCUUCACGCUCCCGAGGCCUCUGACUCCCCAUUGGUGGAGGGUCCUGGUGACUCGGAGUAAGGGGCCAGUAAUAAGAUGGCUGACUGUCAUGUUGCACCCAAACACACACGAACACUGUUGUUCUUAUCUAAACUAAAGCCAUUUAGGGAGGCUGCAUGGACAUCUCAACGUUAGACUAGUCACAUGGACACACACCCUCUAUUGCAUGUGGGUUGUUGGAAUAUGGAAUUGUAGCCUACCUAUGCUGUAUAUUUCUUCAUAUAUACAGUGAGGGAAAAAAGUAUUUGAUCCCCUGCUGAUUUUGUACGUUUGCCCACUGACAAAGAUAUGAUCAGUCUAUAAUUUUAAUGGUAGGUUUAUUUGGACAGUGAGAGACAGAAUAACAACAAAAAAAAUCCAGAAAAAACGCAUGUCAAAAAUGUUAUAAAUUGAUUUGCAUUUUAAUGAGGUAAAUAAGUAUUUGACCCCUCUGCAAAACCCUUGUUGGCAAUCACAGAGGUCAGACGUUUCUUGUAGUUGGCCACCAGGUUUGCACACAUCUCAGGAGGGAUUUUGUCCCACUCCUCUUUGCAGAUCUUCUCCAAGUCAUUAAGGUUUCGAGGCUGACGUUUGGCAACUCGAACCUUCAGCUCCCUCCACAGAUUUUCUAUGGGAUUAAGGUCUGGAGACUGGAUAGGCCACUCCAGGACCUUAAUGUGCUUCUUCUUGAGCCACUCCUUUGUUGCCUUGGCCGUGUGUUUUGGGUCAUUGUCAUGCUGGAAUACCCAUCCACGACCCAUUUUCAAUGCCCUGGCUGAGGGAAGGAGGUUCUCACCCAAGAUUUGACGGUACAUGGCCCUGUCCAGCGUCCCUUUGAUGCGGUGAAGUUAUCCUGUCCCCUUAGCAGAAAAACACCCCCAAAGCAUAAUGUUUCCACCUCCAUGUUUGACGGUGGGGAUGGUGUUCUUGGGGUCAUAGGCAGCAUUCCUCCUCCUCCAAACACGGCGAGUUGAGUUGAUGCCAAAGAGAUUUUGGUCUCAUCUGACCACAACACUUUCACCCAGUUCUCCUCUGAAUCAUUCAGAUGUUCAUUGGCAAACUUCAGACGGGCAUGUAUAUGUGCGGACCUUGCGGGCGCUGCAGGAUUUCAGUCCUUCACGGCGUAGUGUGUUACCAAUUGUUUUCUGGGUGACUAUGGUCCCAGCUGCCUUCAGAUAAUUGACAAGAUCCUCCCGUGUAGUUCUGGGCUGAUUCCUCACCGUGCUCAUGAUCAUUGCAACUCCACGAGGUGAGAUCUUGCAUGGAGCCCCAGGCCGAGGGAGAUUGACAGUUCUUUUGUGUUUCUUCCAUUUGCGAAUAAUCGCACCAACUGUUGUCACCUUCUCACCAAGCUGCUUGGCGAUGGUCUUGUAGCCCAUUCCAGCCUUGUGUAGGUCUACAAUCUUGUCCCUGACAUCCUUGGAGAGCGCUUUGGUCUUGGCCAUGGUGGAGAGUUUGGAAUCUGAUUGAUUGAUUGCUUCUGUGGACAGGUGUCUUUUAUACAGGUAACAAGCUGAGAUUAUGAGCACUCCCUUUAAGAGUGUGCUCCUAAUCUCAGCUCGUUACCUGUAUAAAAGACACCUGGGAGCCAGAAAUCUUUCUGAUUGAGAGGGGGUCAAAUACCUAUUUCCCUCAUUAAAAUGCAAAUCAAUUUAUAACAUUUGUUACAUGUGUUUUUCUGGAUUUUUUUGUUGUUUUUCUGUCUCUCACUGUUCAAAUAAACCUACCAUUGAAAUUAUAGACUGAUCAUAUCUUUGUCAGUGGGCAUACGUACAAAAUCAGCAGGGGAUCAAAUACUUUUUUCCCUCACUGUACAUGUACCACACUUUUUUUUUUUUUUACCAGCAAAAUAUUUCUCAUUAUUUUUGUUAAUGUUAAUGCUGUCAGUUUUGGUGAAUUGGAUCUAAGUGCUCAUACUAACCCACCUCUGCUUUUUCUCUUGUUCUCCUUCCUCCAUUUUGUUUGUCAUGCAUCACUGCUUUGGGUCUUCCUCAACACACUCAUCCUCUCUCUCUCCCUCCCUCUCUCUCUCUCCCUUUUAAUAUCUGUAAUUCAUUUGGUCCCCUUCAAACACAUUUUACAUUCUCUCACACCCCCCCUGCCUUUUCUGUUGGUGCUGUCAUCCACCUCUUCUUAUCCAUCCUUGCUUCAUCCCUCCUUCCUUCUCUCAGCUCUGCUCCCCCUUCUGCGGCCUCUGAGGAUCCUGCCCCUCCUCUGCCCGAGUCAGACGAGCUUCUCAACAAGUAAGAGCUUUCUCUCGCUCCUCCACCUCUCUCCCUUUCCAUCUUUCUCUCUCCCGAUCUCUCUCUUUCCGGCGGGGCUAGCUUGUUUUUGGUGCUAUCACUCUUGAGCAAAGGUAUCUAACAACCUACUGGAUUGACACAAAACAUAAACUGUGUAGAUGUCAAUGACAUCUGUUAUGUUAGGUCAUUCACGUGUGGUAAGAUACAUCUAUAUGUUUGCUUGCAAAGUGAAUUGAUAUUGGGAUAGGAUGGCAUAACUGAAGAGUUACAGUAACUUAUAGGUGAUGUAUGUACCACCGCAUGUUUUGAGAUGUUAUAAACAGUUAAUGAUAAAUGAUGAUAAAUCCUAACACUUUCAUUCUCCCUCCCUCCCGCACUAACUUUCUCCCUCUCUCUCUCCUGUCAGAUUUGUGUGUAAGAACAACGGUGUGUUGUUUGAGAACCAGCUGCUUCAGAUCGGGAUCAAGUCUGAGUACCGCCAGAACCUGGGUGAGUUUGGGCUACUAGACAAUGCGGGGAGAUGCUUGAAUCCUAAGUCACAUUUGUCACAUUGAUGUGAGUUCUGGGAGAUUGUGUGGGUCUCAAGUUAGGAUUCUUCUCUUGAAGUAUUAAACAUUUUCUUGCAGGUAAGUCCCAUGUGAAAUACAUUAGCCUAUAUGCUGUAACCUUAUUGAACUGAUGUCUGUACUGUUCUAUAGCUUUGGUAAGUACGUCUGAGCGUGCACAGAAUUUAAUAGAUGGCGUCAUUUAGUAUUUGUGUUCACAUCCUAGCUUUGUCAUCUCCAUUUUAGUAUACAGAAUGUUUUAUUCAGUGGUUAGGUAUGCUUCAGUUUCUAUAAUGCAUUAGAUGCUAGGUGAGUGAGCAUAAUGCAUAACUUGGCUGCUGAAUGGGUGUAUUUGCACGUGUGUGUGUGUGUGUGUAUACAGUGGGGAGAACAAGUAUUUGAUACACUGCCGAUUUUGCAGGUUUUCCUACUUACAAAGCAUGUAGAGGUCUGUAAUUCUUAACAUAGGUACACUUCAACUGUGAGAGACGGAAUCUAAAACAAAAAUCCAGAAAAUCACAUUGUAUGAUUUUAAAGUAAUUAAUUUGCAUUUAUUGCAUGACAUAAGUAUUUGAUCACCUACCAACCAGUAAGAAUUCCGGCUCUCACAGACCUGUUAGUUUUUCUUUAAGAAGCCCUCCUGUUCUCCACGCAUUACCUGUAUUAACUGCACCUGUUUGAACUCGUUACCUGUAUAAAAGACACCUGUCCACACACUCAAUCAAACAGACUCCAACCUCUCCACAAUGGCCAAGACCAGAGAGCUGUGUAAGGACAUCAGGGAUAAAAUUGUAGACCUGCACAAGGCUGGGAUGGGCUACAGGACAAUAGGCAAGCAGCUUGGUGAGAAGGCAACAACUGUUGGCGCAAUUAUUAGAAAAUGGAAGAAGUUCAAGAUGACGGGACCACAGUCUCAAAGAAAACCAUUAGUAACACACUACGCCGUCAUGGAUUAAAAUCCUGCAGCGCACGCAAGGUCCCCCUGCUCAAGCCAGCGCAUGUCCAGGCCCGUCUGAAGUUUGCCAAUGACCAUCUGGAUGAUCCAGAGGAGGAAUGGGAGAAGGUCAUGUGGUCUGAUGAGACAUAAAUAGAGCUUUUUGGACUAAACUCCACUCGCCAUGUUUGGAGGAAGAAGAAGGAUGAGUACAACCCCAAGAACAUGGAGGUGGAAACGUCAUUCUUUGGGGAUGCUUUUCUGCAAAGGGGACAGAACGACUGCACCGUAUUGAGGGGAGGAUGGAUGGGGCCAUGUAUCGCGAGAUCUUGGCCAACAACCUCCUUCCCUCAGUAAGAGCAUUGAAGAUGGGUCGUGGCUGGGUCUUCCAGCAUGACAAAGACCCGAAAAACACACAGCCAGGGCAACUAAGGAGUGGCUCCGUAAGAAGCAUCUCAAGGUCCUGGAGUGGCCUAGCCAGUCUCCAGACCUGAACCCAAUAGAAAUAUUUGGAGGGAGCUGAAAGUCUGUAUUGCCCAGCGACAGCCCCGAAACCUGAAGGAUCUGGAGAAAGUCUGUAUGGAGGAGUGGCCCAAAAUCCCUGCUGCAGUGUGUGCAAACCUGGUCAAGACCUACAGGAAACGUAUGAUCUCUGUAAUUGCAAACAAAGGUUUCUGUACCAAAUAUUAAGUUCUGCUUUUCUGAUGUAUCAAAUACUUAUGUCAUGCAAUAAAAUGCAAAUUAAUUACUUUAAAAUCAUACAAUGUGAUUUUCUGGAUUUUUGUUUUAGAUUCCGUCUCUCACAGUUGAAGUGUACUACCUAUGAUAAAAAUUACAGACCUCUACAUGCUUUGUAAGUAGGAAAACCUGCAAAAUCGGCAGUGUAUCAAAUACUUGUUCUCCCCACUGUAUAUACAGUUGAAGUCGGAAGUUUACAUCCACUUAGGUUGGAGUCAUUAAAACUAGUUUUUCAACCACUCCGCAAAUGUCUUGUUAACAAACUAUAGUUUUGGCAAGUCGGUUAGGACAUCUACUUUGUGCAUGACACAAGUAAUUUUUCCAACAAUUGUUUAGACAGAUUAUUUCACUUAUAAUUCACUGUAUCACAAUUCCAGUGGGUCAGAAGUUGACAUACACUAAGUUGACUGUGCCUUUAAACAGCUUGGAAAAUUCCAGAAAAUGAUGUCAUGGCUUUAGAAGCUUCUGAUAGGCUAAAAGGGGGUAGCUUGCAAGCCGAAGAACACCAUCCCAACCGUGAAGCACGGGGUGCUUUGCUGCAGUAGGGACUGGUGCACUUCACAAAAUAGAUGGCAUCAUGAGGAAGGAAAAUUAUGUGGAUAUAUUGAAGCAACAUCUCAAGACAUCAGUCAGGAAGUUAAAGCUUGGUCGCAAAUGGGUCUUCCAAAUGGACAAUGACCCCAAGCAUACUUCCAAAGUUGUGGCAAAAUGGCUUAAGGACAACAAAGUCAAGGUAUUGGAGUGGCCAUCACAAAACCCUGACCUCAAUCCUAUAGAAAAUGUGUGGGCAGAACUGAAAAAGCGUGUGCGAGCAAGGAGGCCUACAAACCUGACUCAGUUACACCAGCUCUGUCAGGAGGAAUGGGCAAAAAUUCACCCAACUUAUUGUGGGAAGCUUGUGGAAGGCUACCUGAAACAUUUGACCGAAGUUAAACAAUUGAAAGGCAAUGCUACCAAAUACUAAUUGAGUGUAUGUAAACUUCUGACCCACUGGGAAUGUGAUGAAAGAAAUAAAAGCUGAAAGAAAUCAUUCUCUACUAUUAUUCUGACAUUUCACAUUCUUAAAAUAAAGUGGUGAUCCUAACUGAGCUAAGACAGGGAAUUCUUACUAGGAUUAAAUGUCAGGAAUUGUGAAAAACUGAGUUUAAAUGUAUUUGGCUAAGGUCUGUGUAAACUACCUACUUCAACUGUAGCCUAUUGUGCUUUUACUGAUGGCAUGGGUAAGUUACCGACUGUAUCCGUAUCCAUACACAUUGUACUCUAUGUAUGAAGAAUUAUUAAUUAUAAUGCAUUAUAAACGGGAAUGAGUUGGUGUGUAAUGCUGCAUUAUAGCCUGAAAUAAGGGAGUAUACAUAACAAUACGUAAUGUAUUAUAACAUGUAUGUGUUCUUUUGGAAAUGUCACCUAAAUGUGUCCACUUGACAUAUCUUCUAACGUGUGUGUGUGUGUGUGUGUGUUUUUGUUUGUUUUUCUAGGGAGGAUGUAUCUGUUCUAUGGCAAUAAGACCUCGGUGCAGUUUGUCAGCUUUAGCACCACAGUCAGCUGCCCAGGGGAGCUGCAGUCUCAUAUCCUUCAAUGCAUUCACUUACUGUUUACGCACGCACGCACGCCCACACACACACACACACCCCUAUCUUGCACACUAUGUGUUAGUGUUGUCACGAUAGCAGAGUUUUGACUUCUAUAUUUAUACCAGGUUUAGUAUCACAAUACGCAAUACCAUCACGAUACUCGAUAUCAAAACGAUGCCAAAAUGAUACCACAGCAAAAAAAGAAGGAAUAUUAGCCAAAGUCACAAAAUGGCAGUUGAUCCAGACAGAUAAACUCUGCUACUGCUCUGUUCAGUCUUUGGGCAUUUUUUAUGUUCAAUAUCAUUACAUUUAUUUUUUUUACGUCAAUUUUUCUGGGACAGUAAUGUAUGUAUUAAAGGGGAAUGGAAACAAUAGGCUUUAGAACACCAGCUAACUGUAACUGUAAAUCGGCAUAUUGGCAUUUUGUUGCAUCACUGGCAGGAAUUCCUUGAAUUUACUGAGACUAUGACCUAUGCGUGCAUUAAUAAGCAUAAUUUGCUGGUGUCAAACCAUAUAUGAAAACAUGAUACACAAUUUUAAACCUGAGAAACAGCCCUUUCAAAUUUUAUGACAUACAAUAGCACCACACCAAUCAAAUGGUAAGUCAAGGAAAAACACCUGUGACAUUGAUGAAAAUCUGUUUUUUUCCCCCCCAAACAACUGCCAUUUACACAACUUCCUCAUGAAGAUGGAGAAAAACGUAUGAGUCUUCCUUAUUUUGCAAGCUUUGAAAAUCAGAAUAGUAAUUCAUACCUUUUACUUUGAAUGAGUUAUAGCUGUUUUAGUGAACAGUGAUAUUUUUCUAGAAUUCAAUGUGGUCAGACCCUUUCUUAUCUGGAUAGUAUAUUAAACACAUAUUUCAAAAUAUGAUAAGAAUAAGGUAUAUAAUGACAAUAAUUGGCUCUUAUAACUUCAAUUUCUUCUUACAUACAUUGCACUAGGCCUAUAGCCUAAUACACAAAGAGUUAGAAUAGGAACAAAUUAAAAGCAUGCAAGAAAGGCGCAAUGACCAGUGACUUUAAUAGUGACCAUGUCCGCAAUUAAUCACACUGACUGGAGUGCCACAACCUGAAACACAUUUUUUUUAAGGGUUAGGCUUCAGGCUUAGGCUACAUUAAUUCUUGCAAUCAACAGCCAGCAGGCUUAGCUACUAAUUUUAGGAAUUAAAUCUGGCUAUUUAGUUAGUUAGCUAGCUAGCUAAUAAUUAUAGCUAUGGGGAUUGGGGUUCAUACCUAGCUAGCUAGCUACAUUUUUACUGGAAAAAACAAUCCUGCAGCAGCCCUCUCUGGCUGGCUGGCUGGCUAGCUAGCUAGCUACAUAUUGAAUGACACUAGCCAGUUUGUUUUAGCUCAAAAUACUUAUAUUGACAAAUGCUCUUCAAAUUGUCAAUAUUAACAUUUUAUUUUUUACAGCUAUCAAAUAAAACAUUAACAUUAAAAGACAAGAGAAUAGCUAAAUCAGUUUCUUACCUUAAUGUGAGCAAUAGUGGAUAAAGUACCCAAUUGUCAUACUUGAGUAAAAGUAAAGAUCCCUUAAUAGAAAAUGACUCAAGUGAAUGUCACCCAGUGAAAUACUACUUGAGUAAAAGUCAAAUAAUUUGGUUUUAAAUAUACUUAAGUAUCAAAAGUAAAGUAUAAAUCAUUAUAAAUGUCUUUAUAUUAAGCAAAUGGUUCCAUUUUCUUGUUUUUCAUUUACGAAUAGCCAGGGGCACAUUCCAACAAUCAGACAUAAUUUACAAAUGAAGCAUUUGUCUUUAGUGAGUCCGCCAGAUCAGAGACAGUAGGGAUGACUAGUGAUAUUCUCUUGAUAAGUAUGUGAAUUGGACAAUUUUCCUUUCCUGCUAAGCAUUCAAAAUGUAAUGAGUACUUUUGGGUGUCAGGAAAAAUGUAUGGUGUAAAAUGUAAAUUAUUGUCUUUAAGAAUGUAGUGAAGUAAAAGUUGUCAAAAAUAGAAAUAGUAAAGUACAGAUACCCAAAAAAAACUACUUAAGAAGUACUUUAAAGUAUUUUUACUUAAGUACUUUACACCACUGAAUGUGAGAAACCUUUGUGGUCCAGUGGAAGUGAGGCGCCUCCCUUCACAUGCCAAAACUCACAAUUUGCUAAAUCCUGUCAAUGACGCAUAGGCUUCAGUCGUUACUAUGGCAAUUCAAGAUGGCCUACCUAGGGCUGUUAAAUUGACCGUAUUACCACCACACCGGUGGUCAUGAGUAUGACGGCAGUCAAAUUCCAUGUUACUGUUAAGUCACGGUAAUUAGGCUUCUCCAAGCUCUGAUGCUGCUGAUGGUCAUUAGUAGCCUACCUAACUUGCUAACUGCCUGGUACUCAGCACUCUAUUGUCCCUCUAAUCACUCUGACAUCAAUGCAAAUGUGAUCCAAAAUGUAAUCAAACAUUCAUUAGAGCCCAUGAGCUCAUGUUGUGCAACAUUUCUAAAGGCUAUGCAAUUGCGUGAGAAAACAGAGUGAUGGCCUCUUAAAAAGAGGAGGAUCCCAUCAGCUUUGUAUAGGCUAGACCUAUAUUUAUUUCUCAAUUUUCCUAAUAUUAAGCGCAUUACUUCUCUUUACAACAGGAGUAUAGCCUACCUGGCUGGCAUGAAAAUGAACCACGGAAAAAGCGUCCUCCAUUCGCUAUUCAAGUAUUUUUUUCCCGCUGCACCUGUUUCGAGACAGGUGCAUGAUAAUGGUCCAUUCUAAAUCAAAACAAAUUUCACACAUAUUAUUUAAUAUAUGUAAAGGCAAGAUUAAAUCAAGAAUAGUGUGAUGGGAUGACAAUAUUAGCCUAUCACUUGUGAAUUAUAUAUUAUCACUUGUGAAUGAUGCCCAGCUGUUGUGCAUGCUUUGUUUUGGCGUCUUUUUCCAAAUCAUAGUCGCACACCUCAUGUAGCCUAGCCCAUAGGCCUAUAUGUUUUGAUAAGGUUUGUAUCACAACUAAAGUGGCCAAAUAACUUCUUAAAAUGAAGCACAUUAAUCCUGCAUUACAACAGGUGUAGAGCCUAACUGCCAUACAUACGCAGCGCGUGAGUUUCAUGUUUGGGGAAGAUCAUUUCCACCAUAAAAAUGCACCUUUAUAAUAAAAGUAUUACAUGCAUAAUUGCAUUUGUGGUCACUUUUGAGAAUGGUGUUUUCCUGCUAAUGGAACAUUCACGCUUAUAGCCUACUGCUGUGUGCGCAUUGCUGCGCUUAUAAUGUGAAGAAAUAGCCUAAUAGUUUAUGAACAUUUUAAGCUAAAUGUUCUCAUCUGUUGCGUCAGGGUCAUUGCUUAAAACAGGUUUUUUGAUGCUCGUGGUUGUAUUAAUUUGGGAUCUAUCGCAUCCCACAACUGUCCCAGACUAUGUUUGGAAUAUUUAUUUCUCGCACAAAAUAGAAUAGGUCAACUUUUGUACUAUGGGAGAUAGUAGAUGGACAUACGCUAGUGCUUUUGCUGUUCGUUAGGCCUACUCAUCUUGUUGGCUGACGAAAAGUAAAUGUGGACAGUUCUUCCAAUAUCUUCAAUAUGCACCUCGGAAUUGGAUAAGGAGGCGUGCAGUUGCGUCCCCGAUGUGUCGGUCUUCACUUGUAGCCUGUGAGAAAGACCCGAUCACGUGAAGGAGAGCCAUGUGAGUGAGAGGUGCUUUGGGAACGCAGCCAGGAGAACGGAAUUAUAAUUAUUAUAUUCAGCCCAAGGGCACAACGGCCACAGGUCGCAAAAGGCAUGGAUUUGUUUAGGGGGGAUUACAGCCACACAAAUGAGAUGCAGCCGGGAAAUUCAAGGCAUUAUCAAGUGCUUGUCAAAUUGUGAAUGAGAGACUAAUGAAGUGUCUACAGCCUGCGCAAAAAAACAAAGCAGAGCUCAUGCCUUUCAUGCAACCUUUUUCAAAUCAUCAUUAGUCGCAUCAUGUAGCCUUAGAAUGUAUUAAAAAUCAAAACAUACAUUUGUAUCACAACUAAAGUUACAUAAAUAACUCAAAAUUAAGCAUAUAGGAGUACCUGUUUCUUUGUUAACCGCUCAACACAGAAUAGCUGCAUGUGCGCACUCCCUCAAAUCCUUUGGAGAAAAUAUAUUUUCUAUUUUAUUCAGCUACAGUGGGGAGAACAAGUAUUUGAUACACUGCCGAUUUUGCAGGUUUUCCUACUUACAAAGCAUGUAGAGGUCUGUAAUUUUUAUCAUAGGUACACUUCAACUGUGAGAGACGGAAUCUAAAACAAAAAUCCAGGAAAUCACAUUGUAUGAUUUUUAAGUAAUUCAUUUGCAUUUUAUUGCAUGACAUAAAUAUUUGAUACAUCAGAAAAGCAGAACUUAAUAUUUGGUACAGAAACCUUUGUUUGCAAUUACAGUACUCAUCCUUCUUCCUCCAAACACGGCGAGUGGAGUUUAGACCAAAAAGCUCUAUUUUUGUCUCAUCAGACCACAUGACCUUCUCCCAUUCCUCCUCUGGAUCAUCCAGAUGGUCAUUGGCAAACUUCAGACGGGCCUGGACAUGCGCUGGCUUGAGCAGGGGGACCUUGCGUGCGCUGCAGGAUUUUAAUCCAUGACGGCGUAGUGUUACUAAUGGUUUUCUUUGAGACUGUGGUCCCAGCUCUCUUCAGGUCAUUGACCAGGUCCUUCCGUGUAGUUCUGGGCUGAUCCCUCACCUUCCUCAUGAUCAUUGAUGCCCCACGAGGUGAGAUCUUGCAUGGAGCCCCAGACCGAGGGUGAUUGACCGUCAUCUUGAACUUCUUCCAUUUUCUAAUAAUUGCGCCAACAGUUGUUGCCUUCUCACCAAGCUGCUUGCCUAUUGUCCUGUAGUCCAUCCCAGCCUUGUGCAGGUCUACAAUUGUAUCCCUGAUGUCCUUACACAGCUCUCUGGUAUUGGCCAUUGUGGAGAGGUUGGAGUCUGUUUGAUUGAGUGUGUGGACAGGUGUCUUUUAUACAGGUAACGAGUUCAAACAGGUGCAGUUAAUACAGGUAAUGAGUGGAGAACAGGAGGGCUUCUUAAAGAAAAACUAACAGGUCUGUGAGAGCCGGAAUUCUUACUGGUUGGUAGGUGAUCAAAACUUAUGUCAUGCAAUAAAAUGCAAAUGAAUUACUUAAAAAUCAUACAAUGGGAUUUUCUGGAUUUUUGUUUUAGAUUUCGUCUCUCACAGUUGAAGUGUACCUAUGAUAAAAAUGACAGACCUCUACAUGCUUUGUAAGUAGGAAAACCUGCAAAAUCGGCAGUGUAUCAAAUACUUGUUCUCCCCACUGUAUGUUCAGUUGUAUUCUUCAUACUAUAAAAUAAUGCCAUGGAAUUCUAAGCAAAUCUUGUCUGCCAAAUGAACUAGCGUAACCCACAGCCAUAUGGCAUAGCCAUAUCAGAACCUAACAUAAGGACAACUCAGAGUAUGCUAUUCUGUUCUUCUGAAAUAGACUACAUUUUCUUCAUAUCAUGUUUCUUUAGACCUGUCUAAAAUAAAUAAUGGACUUAUUGUGAUGGUGUAGGCUAUAUUAUAUGGAUUUUGUAGACUUUUUAAAAUGUAGAUGUUCCAAAGGUCUGCAUCAGUGGCUUGUAGGCUAUGCGUGGAUGCUAAAUGUGUUUUCUGUUAAUUAACGGUAAAUUACCAUGAGACCGGCUGUUAUUUGCUUGACAAUCACCGGCUGACAAAAUGUCAUGACCGCCACAGCCCUAGGCCUACCCAUACCUCUAAUAAACGUUGUUCAAGAUCAAAAUCCUAAAAAUAGAGAUGUUUCUAUGUUAAAUGCAGAUGUUUAAUAUUAGGGGAUCUCUUUGAUUCGUUUUACUAAGUGUUUUCAUUCCCCUUUAAUGAAUCAAUUACACAAUCAUACAAUACAUUUGACUUUGCUUUUACCAAUCUAACUACAUAUCAACAUAAUGGUAAUAAUUUUUUUGAAUGGUAAAUCUCUAUUGAUAAAUUGGGUAAAUCAUGAUGUAGCCUAGGCCUAUCCACAAUACAGGUGAAUGCAUAUUCAAUAUGAGUGUGUGCAUGCAUUGAGUUGUUGAGCUUGUUUUGGUUGAUUUCAUGGGGCUACAGUUGAUAUAAAAUAUGUUUCCCUUAAUUAUUUUAUUGUACUGAUCAACAACAUUUGCGUAGAAGUAGCGCACAUUUCCAUAAAAUAAGCUGUCUCUUUAACCAGUAAAGUAACAAAUUCUAGUACUGAACCGUUUUUCAUGUUCUAGUAUCGAAGUUUCGGUAUACCGUGCAACACUACUGUGUGUGUCCCUUGGGUUGUAGGCUAUACUUGCAUGUAUUUAACAUGCAUAGCUAUAUUCAAUAUACAGUCCCCCCGGUGUGGUCUCUUGUCCCGGCUCUGUUCCUCUCCUUGACUGGCUUUCCCACAGCUCAAUGUGCAGACCAAAACAGUGGAACCCCUAGUGGAGGGAGGAGCACAGGUGCAGCAGGUCAUCAACAUUGAGUGUCUGACCGACUUCAUUGACGCUCCGCUGCUCAACAUCAAGUUCAGGUACACGCGCGUGUACGCACACAGAAUAUUACACAGAACAUACAAUACAAACACCUAGCAAUCACGCAUGCAAGAUCAGUAGUAUCCCAAACAUACACACACAUUUUGUUUUGUCGUCUUCAGUAUAUAAAGUGUGUGUGUUCCUCUCAGGUAUGGGGGAGCCCUGCAGAACAUCUCUCUCAAGCUGCCUGUCACCAUCAACAAGUUCUUCCAACCCACAGAGAUGGCCGCCGCAGACUUCUUCCAGCGCUGGAAACAACUCAGCCAGUGAGUGAGAGUGUGUGUAGGGGUGUGUGUGUGUGAGAGUGUGUCUAGGGUGAGCAUGUAAGAGGGUGCGUGUGUGUAUUUAUGACUGUUUUCUUCUCUUUUCAGGCCCCAGCAAGAAGCACAAAAGAUCUUCAAGGCCAGCCAUGGCAUGGACACAGAAGUGCUCAAGGCCAAGGUACACACACACACACUGUACGCAUAUUCAUAUAAUUCCCUUGCCUGCUGUAUGUCUACCACAUCUUACUCCCUCCCAUUUUGUCUCUCUCUCUCCCCCCCCCCUCCCUCGUCUCUAGUUGCUGGGCCUGGGGACAGCCCUGUUGGAGAAUGUGGAUCCUAACCCAGAGAACUAUGUGUGUGCCGGAGUCAUCCAGACCAAGGCCCAACAGGUCGGCUGCUUGCUGAGACUGGAACCCAAUGCGCAGGCCCAGGUACACACACACACGCACACACAUACACACACACAUGUACAUGCAUAUACACACACACACACAAAUGUACAGUACCUGUCAAAAGUUUGAAGACAUCAAAACUAUGAAAUAACACAUACGGAAUCAUGUAGUAACCAAAAAAUAUAUUUUAUAUUUGAGAUUCUUCAAAGUAGCCACCCUUUGCCUUGAUGACAGCUUUGCACACUAUUGGCAUUCUCUCAACCAGAUUCAUGAGGUAGUCACCUGGAAUGCAUUUCAAUUAACAGGUGUGCCUUCUUAAAAGUUAAUUUGUGGAAUUUCUUUCCUCCUUAAGGCGUUUGAGCCAAUCAGUUUUUUUGUGACAAGGUGGGUGGGGGUGGGGGGGUAUACAGAAGAUAGCCCUAUUUGGUAAAAGACAAAGUCCAUAUUAUGGCAAGAACAGCUCAAAUAAUCAAAGAGAAACGACAGUCUAUCAUUACUUUAAGACAUGAAGGUCAGUCAAUCCGGAAAAUUUAAAGAACUUUGAAAGUUUCUUCAAGUGCAGUCACAAAAACCAUGAAGCGCUAUGAUGAAACUGGCUCUCAUGAGGACCGCCACAGGAAAGGAAGAUCCAGAGUUACUUCUGCUGCAGAGGAUAAGUUCAUUAGAGUUACCAGCCUCAGAAAUUGCAGCCGAAAUAAGUGCUUCACAGAGUUCAAGUAACAGACACAUCUCAACAUCAACUGUUCAGAGGAGACUGCGUGAAUCAGGCCUUCACGGUUGAAUUGCUGCAAAGAAACCACUACUAAAGGACACCAAUAAGAAGAAGAGACUUGCUUGGGCCAAGAAACACGAGCAAUGGAUAUUAGACCGGUGGAAAUCUGUCCUUUGGUCUGGAGUCCAAAUUGGAGAUUUUUGGUUCCAACCGCCGUGUCUUUGUGAGACACAGUGUAGGUGAAUGGAUGGAUCUCCGCAUGUUUAGUUCCCACCGUGAAGCAUUGAGGAGGAGGUGUGAUGGUGUGGUGGUGCUUUGCUGGUGACACUGUCUGUGAUUUAUUUAGAAUCCAAGGCACACUUAACCAGCGUGGCUACCACAGCAUUCUGCAGCGAUACGCCAUCCCAUCUGGUUUGGGCUUAGUGGGACAAUCACUUGUUUUUCAACAGGACAAUGACCCAACACACCUCCAGGCUGUGUAAGGGCUAUUUGACCAAGAAGGAGAGUGAUGGAGUGCUGCAUCAGAUGACCUGGCCUCCACAAUCCCCCGACGUCAACCCAGUUGAGAUGGUUUGGGAUGAGUUGGUCCGCAGAGUGAAGGAAAAGCAGCCAACAAGUGCUGCAAAGAAAAAGUCCAGUGUCUGUGUUCUUUUGCCCAUCUUAAUCUUUUAUUUUUAUUGGCCAGUCUGAGAUAUGGCUUUUUCUUUGUAACUCUGCCUAGAAGGUCAGCAUCCCGGAGACUGGUGUUUUGCGGGUACUAUUUAAUGAAGCUGCCAGUGGAGGACCUGUGAGGCGUCUGUUUCUCAAAAUAGACACUCUAAUGUAUUUGUCCUCUUGCUCAGUUGUGCACCGGGGCCUCACACUCCUUUUUCUAUUUUGGUUAGAGCCAGUUUGCGCUGUUCUGUGUAGGGAGUAGUACACAGCGUUGUACAAGAUCUUCAGUUUCUUGGCAAUUUCUCGCAUGGAAUAGCCUUCAUUUCUCAGAACAAGAAUAGACUGACGAGUUUCAGAAGAAAGGUCUUUGUUUCUGGCCAUUUUGAGCCUGUAAUCGAACCGACAAUUUCUGAUGCUUCAGAUACUCAACUAGUCUCAAGAAGGCCAGUUUUAUUGCAUCUUUAAUCAGCACAACAGUUUUCAGCUGUGCUAACAUAAUUGCAAAAUGCUGAUAAUGGGCCUAUGUAGAUAUUCCAUAAAAUAUCAGCCGUUUCCAGCUACAAUAGCCAUUUAAAACAUUAACAAUGUCUACACUGUAUUUCUGAUCAAUUUUAUGUUAGUUUAAGGGACAAAACAUUUGCUUUUCUUUCGAAAACAAGGACAUUUCUAAGUGACCCCAAACUUUUGAACGGUAGUGUACACACACCCUAAUGUACAUGAAUAUAUAUAUAUAUACACACACACACACAGAGUCCGUCUGUCCUUCUUUGUGCUGCUCUCAUUGCAUCACUCACGGCUGUCUGUGUCUUUCUGUGUGCUGCUGCAAAUCAAGCCUGGCGAGCAGGUAACACACAUCUGUCCCUGUUCUCUCUCUUUCUUUCUCCUCAUCCCCCUCUUCUGUCUUUCACAUCCUUUUUUCACUUUCUCAUUCACUUUUCCCUCCACCUUGAUUUUUCCACAUUUUCUCACUGACACCCCAAAAUGGAACACUUGAAUCUCUGCAUUCUUUCGCUCUCUCUCUCUCUCUCUCUCUCUCUCUCUCUCUCUCUCUCUCUCUCUCUCUCUCUCUCUCUCUCUCUCUCUCUCUCUGUGCAGUGUUAGACUCCAGGUUGAUAAUGUGUCAUCAGUGUAUAUCCAUUCUACCCUUGUCUCGUGUUAAACCUUUAGAUGAUCCAAUAUAUACAGUGCCUUCAGAAAGUAUUCGUACCCCUUGACUUAUUCCACAUUUUAUUGUUACAGCAUGAAUUCAAAAUUGAUUAAAUAAAUGUUUUUUACCCAUCUACACACAGGUGUGUCCAAACUUUUGACUGGUACUGUAUGUAAAUGAGAUAUUCCUGUAUUUCAUUUUCAAUCAAUUUGCAAACAUUUCUAAAAACCUUGUUUUCACUUCGUCAUUAUGGGUUAUUGUGAGUAGAUUGGUGAGGAAAAACACAAUUUAAUCCAUUUUGAAUUCAGGCUGUAACACAACAAAAUGUAGAGUAAGUGAAGGGGUAUGAAUGCUUUCUGAAGGCACUGUAUAUAAAUAUAUUAUGUGUGUUUGAACUUUACUGACCACCAUGUAUGUUAAUUCAUGUUUAAGGGGGUGUGUGUUGUCUGUGUGCGGUCUUGAGUGCACAGAUGUGUGUAGUCUUGAGCACACGUGUGUGUGUGUGUGUGUGUGCGCGCAUGUUAGUGUGUAUGUGUGUGUGUUUACCCAUGUUAAACCUAUGUCCCCUCUCUCUGUCAGAUGUACCGGCUGACUCUGCGCAGCAGCAAGGACACCGUCUCCCAGCGCGUCUGUGACCUCCUGGCAGAACAGUUCUAAAACCCUGAGUCUAGAACCCACCCAACGCGCCCCAGGCCACCAUCAUCAUCACGCUCUAGACACCCAACACACCGAGACCAGCAUUUCAACCCCCCCCCCCC